UCGCGCGCAUUGGUCACUCCCGUGACAUACUCUGGGCCUGGUUGUGUGAAUGUCUACCAGCGGACCAGUGGCAGUACCAUGACGGUGGUACCGCGCGACGUGACGUGCCCAUAACAGUGCAAGAAUGUGACACGAAUAUUGGAUGGCUAUUGCCGGUCAUGGAAUCAGGACCGGGCUUAUCAAGUCUGCAAGGGCGCACUGUGGUCCUGCCUGGGGGGCAUGACAGGGAAGGGCGCCCCAUCUGCCUUGUGAACAUCUCCCCGGAGAGCCCGCCCCUGAACAUCGUCUCUUCGCUUCAGUAUCUCCUUUCAGUAUUCAGCGACUCAAGUCGUACUCGAGGCAUAACCGUCAUCAUCGACGCCCGCAAAGGCCCUUGGAAAGUGGCUCGUUCAUGCAUCCGUCAAGUGAGCAACACCUUCACCGAGGAGGUCCCUUCCCAGGUCCUGGUGCUGCGUCCGGAGGCAUUUUUGGACAAACAACGCGUUGAAAAUUGCACGCAAACCGAUGGCCAAGUCAUCUUCAUUCCAAGAUGUCGCUUGAACAAGUUCGUGGACCAGUCGCAGCUUCCUCUCGAACUCGGCGGCAAUUUCAUCUACAACCACGACAAGUGGCUUGAGAACCGACAAAAAAUCGAACUAUUCUCAAACGAAGCCAAUGCAGUUUUGCGCGACUUGGACGAGCUUUGCGCUUACAUAACCAACCACAAGCACCUCAGAUCAAGCGAUUUGGAGGAGAUUUUGAACACCAGCUCCGAAAUGGCCGAAGCGACUCGAAUCCUAGUCCAAAACUUGACCGAAACUGGGCAAAACCUCCUCCAAAUAAUCGAACACUCGAACCGGACGCGUAAAUUCGCCUCGGAGUUCGAGUCCAUGUCCACACCCCAGGAAACUCUGGAUACCAUCACCAGAAUCGACCACUUGGUGGUGACCAUGAAGACGAAACAGCAACAAAUCGAAGAUUCCUGGCUCAAGCUCCAGAAGAUAGUCAUCGAUACCAAAGACUUGAGUUUGCUGGAAGACGGAGUUGUGAAAGUUACUAACUGGAUUCUAGGACCGGCUGAAAGUUUGCUCAAUUCCAAGCAGAAAGUUGGCUAUGAUGUGGCGUCAGCUGAGGAGUUGAGGAGGGAGCAUGAGGCGAUUGAGUUGCAGUGUUGGGACACUUACGGGGCUUAUGCCGAGCUCAUUCACAAGAUUAAUAGUUUUCCGAAGAACGAUUUGGUCAAUUUUCAGUACAAGGAUUUGGUUUCGCAGAAGGAUUUUAUGGAUUUUGUGUGUCGGAGUUUCGCGCUCCGAUUGGAGAAGAGAAGGAAUGUUCUGAUAACGUCGUUGAGGUUCUUUCGGUUGGUUUCGGAGUAUUUUGAUAGGACGGGAGAAGUGUUCGAUUCUUUGGUCAUGGGGAGCAAGGUUGUGGAGUUUACCACAGCGGGGCAAAAGUUGAAGCAGUUGCAAGAGAGUCAAGCUAACUUAGAUGCUGUUGAACGCGAGUUGGUCAAAGAAGGAGAAAAACUCUCCGACAUGCUUUCAAUGCCCAUCAAAGACGCCCUAGGCCGCGAAAUUUUCGUUGAUUAUGCUGAAGACAUUGUCAACGUUCGAGACAUUCUAGACGCAACCACAGCCCGAAAAAAUAUCUUCAGCGACAGCGUCGAACUUCAGAAACUAACCCUUGAACAAAUCACCCACAUUUACAACUACGAAAAUGACAUUGCCCAAGCUAUUCAAUGGCUAGAUGAACUUUUCCAAGUCUUGCUGAAGGACCAUGGGCAUGUUGGGUGCACAGUUUACGAAAUACAGACACAAAAGGACGAACAUCAGACUUUUCAAGAGACUGCAAAGGACACUUAUAAUUAUGGUUGCCAACUACUUUAUGCCUCCCUCCAGUUGCGCCAAUCGUGCAAAUUGUCCUUAGACGACCAUGAAACCCUAAGUCGUAGUUUAAAGUACUCCUGGCAACGACUUUUGAACGUUUCGCAAGAACAAAUGACCAGAUUGAGGGUCAGUGCUGUGUUUCACCGCUCAGUUGAGGAGCAUUGCAACCAAUUGAGGGAUUUGAGGGAGGCUGUGGCCACCAUUCCCUUCAUGGAUCUGGUCAAGAAGAAGGCAAGAGUGAAGCAUUAUUUUGGAGUGAGGGAGAAGUUGAUGGUGGAGGUGGGGAGGAUGGUCCGCUUGGGGAGGCUGUUGAGGAGCCGAUUGAGGGAACCUCUGUAUUACAGCGAAACUGCGUCAAGUCCCUCCAUCGAGACCGAUCUUGGUUCAGAAGACACUGAAUCAAGUGGAGACAACGAAAUCGCGAUCGAAGCCAUCUCCGAAAGGCUAACCGAAGUGACAGGACUUGCUGAAGAGUUAGACCAAGCCCUACAUAGUGCCCAACAAGACUGUUCAAUUUUGACCUCAUCGGCCACUUCCACAUCAGUCACUUCUUCCGAACCCGAAACCGUCGUCUCUGUGAAAACAGUGAUGGAAGAAUCGAAAACCCCCAAACCGGAGGAACUAAAAAGCGACGACGAAUUCCUCACAGCCUCCGAAUGCACUCUCCAGCACUCUCGCUCCUCCUCGUACAACACCGCCUCCGAAUGCGAGCAUCGCUACUCCCCUUGGUGGGACUACGACAAGCCCAUCGAGGAGGCAAGCAAGGAAAAAAUGGUCCUUGCUGUAGGUCUCCCUGACCUACCUCCGCCCAAAAGCGUGCUCAAGCCCUCCCCGGAGGCCCCUCCCGGCAAGAUCGUGCACGAGGUGAUCGAAACCACCCACCUCAAAGUGCAGCAUUCGCACACUUUGGGGGUGGCGUCCUUCGUCCUGACCUCUGAGACCGUGCGCGACCAGAAAGGGGAGGAAGCUCGGGGGGCGCAGGCCGAGGCUGAGGGCUUUGAGAGGAGGGUGAAGGAGUGUGGCGACUGGAUUAAUCUCAAAAUCCUGGAAAUUACCCCGGAAUUGACCACACUAGGGGAUAAUCUUGCCGAAGCUCAGGAACUGCAAAAAGCUCACGAUGAAGUCCUUCGCCAGCUCAAAAACAAACAAAGCCCAGUCGAAGAGCUCCUCCGUCAAGCCGACCAACUUAUCGCCACUCAAAGACCCCGAGCUGAGGUCUAUGCAGCCAUGGCCGAGUCCUUAGGCCGGGCCUGGAAGGACAUCAACAGUUUGCUCGAACUCCGGAAGGAAAUCCUCGACUUGAACGUCCUCUACCACACCAAAGCCCAGGAGUUCUUCCAGAGAAUGGACGAGCUGGAAGCCUCCUGCACUGAUAAAGUUGUUCCUAUUGAAAUCGAAGCUGUGAAGGGCUUCUUGAACAUGAUCCAUGACCUGAGAAGGGCUUUGCUGGAGUCACUCAUGGGGGCUCUCCAAGCGGGAAACACGCUUUUGGGAAAACUGAAGGAACUAGGGGCUGAAGGCACACUCGAUUCGCGACCCGAUCGAAUCCGACCGUCUGUCAAUCGAGCCAUAAAUCAAGUUCAAGGAUGGAUGGAUCAGCUGCACCUCAAGCGCCAAGUUCUAGAAGCGACUUUCAAUCGAAGGAAGACUCAGCUAGAACAGUGUCUUGCUUUGGCGAUGCUUGCAGCUGAUUUGCACGAACUUGACGAUGUUGUACAUGAGAGGAGGAGGCUUCUAGCCAGUACGGACCAAUUGGGUGAUUCCAUAUCUAGUGCGGAACUGCUUCUCAACGAACACAAGAAACUGCUCCCGGAAGCGAAACAAUUACAAGAACGCGCUUUAAAGAUAACCAAAGCUACGGAACAACUUGUAGCUUCCGGUUGUUUCGCUGGGGAACAAGCAGCUGGACAAUCGUACGAAAUUCUUUCUGCCACGUCUGACUAUUACACGGAGGUGCAGAACAGGGAGAUCCUCCUUGAGCGGGUUCUUCAGUUCUUCAAAUCGGCCCAAAAUGCUUUGAGCAAAUUGGAUCAACUUGACCACCAAUUGACCACAACCAAACUGCCCUCAACCUCGCAACAACUAAUACAAUUGCAUGCUCAAAGCUCUAGGUCCAUAGAAGAGAUCACCAGUGGUCCCAUUGCCGAAGGACACGCUAUUCUGGAUCUGGUUGGAAGAGGGCGUUCUGGUACUGAAGGUGUUAGACACAAAGUUGAAGAAUUGGAAAAUAGGAAAAUCGCCUUGGACCGGUUAUGUGUCGCUCACAAGGAAGAGAACAUUCGAAUUAAUAAAGCCCUGAACAACUUUCUGGAAUCACACAAUGAAAUUUACUCGUGGUUGGUUAGCGUUGCCGAAGCUUUCCUCCACGAGCAUCGAAACAUGGGCGAUGAUCUACCUUUGGCUAGGGAUUUCCUCGAUUUGCACAACAAACUACUCAACGAUUUACAGACGAAAGGAAACGAAAUUAACGCUUUGAUACUAACCCUACCGCCGAUUCUCGAAUUUUUGGAGGAUAACCAAAGGAAGGACGUCGAUUCCAAGGUGGAGGAGAUGCACGAAAGGUGGAUUGGUUUAAAGAAUGUGUUAGAGAAUAGAUUGGAUUUGGCGAGGAUUUACGUCAAGUUCCACAUGGAAGCGGAUAUUGUUAACCAGGAGAUGGAUAAUUUGGAAAGGGAGUUGUUGCAGAAUCAGGAUCGGGUUACUGAUGAGAUGAUGAGGCACUUGGAGGAGAAGUGGGAGUCGCUGGUGCCGCUCUACCAAUCGGCGAAGAAUACGGGGUUGACGUUUAUUGACCAGGCUAACAAGGUAUCUGAACCGUAUCUCGACACGAAGCGAGCUUGUCUGUGCGUGGAGUCCGUGCUGGAACGGCUGUCGGGACGACAGUUACUUGUGACCAGGAAUUGGCAGACUUUCCAUGCACAAGUUGUGGAAAAACGCGAGCUGUUGGUGCGACUUGAGCAAACCAUGGCCGAAAGCACCAAGACUAUAAACUGGGUGACGAAGCUCGACGAACAAUUGUAUCCGGUAAUAACGACGAAUUCGACGAAUCCCAAAGAAAUAACAACACAUCUGUGCUCCAAACUCGAGAAGGUGCUACCAGACGUGCGAAAAGCGCAAGUCGAGGUGGAGCAAAGAAUCAAAACGGCGGAAAAUCUCAUCUGCAAGACGCAAAGCAGCGAUGAGAAGACGCUCAAUAUCAAAAAUAAAUUAUCAGAGUUGGGGCGAAAGUUGUCAAAUGUUGCCAACGACUAUCAAGUGCUUUUGGAGAUGCUUAUCUCCUAUUUCAAGAAUUUGGUCGAGUUGGAUAGGAAAGUUGAGGAUUAUAGUGUGAAAACUGGAGCUGGUGAUAUCACCACUGUUGAAAAUUUGAUAAGAGAUCACGAAAUUUCCAAACAAAGGGUGUUGGAACUUUUCAAUAGGGCAAGGAUGGAGUGCGAGAAUGUUGCCCAAAGAAUUGCAAGGCAAGAACCACCACAAGCUGCUGAUUCCGACAUUCAGAAGCUCCAACACAUUUUGGAACUUAAGAGGGAUAAUUGGGAGAAUCAGUGGCGACAACGAAGAGACUCUCUGGAGGCUCAAAGACAAUUGUGUCAAUUCGAUACCGACUUGAGACAAAUUAACGACACUCUUGACGAUCUUGGUAACCAGUUGGAAGACAUGAAGGGGAAAUAUGGGGAGUCUUUAGCUGCUGCGAAAGCAACGUCUCAUGCUUUCGUCUAUUUUGAGAAAACUGUCGAUAUGCUCCAACAACGUAUCAAUGCCUUUUUGGACACUGGGGAGAAACUGCUUGCCGAAAGGCACUCCCAGUCUCCCCACAUCCAGAAGCAAAUUUCCCAGUUGCAAGACCGGUGGAACAAUUUCAAGAAACAAGUUCAAGAAACAAGAAAUUUGAUCGAUCUAAGCAUCCAGUUCUUCGAGCUUGUUGAGGAGGCAAACGAGUGGUUCCGUGAAGGAAGCCGUCUUCUGAUUAAUAUCGCCCGGAAAUCGAAUCUUGUCAAAAAACCAGAGGAAGCCCAACAGUUGCUUAACGAAAUCGAGAUUUUCCUCAAACCGGGCGAAGAACGUCAAAAUGAGAGAAUUCGAAAGAUAACUGAGUUAGCAACAAGGAUUUUCGGACCUCAACCACACUCAACAAUUGAGCAAGUCUUGCAAGAAAAUCGAGGAAUGCUAGAAUCGUUUUCUAGUAUCACUAAUGAAAUCAAUCAGUUGGCGGAGAAUUUAAGAUUGGCUGAGGAACAAAGAUUAAGGGAGAUUGAGGAAGCCAGGAUUCGGGCUGAAGAAGAAGCGAGACGUAGAGCUGAAGAGGAAGCUCGAAGAAAGGCGGAAGAGGAAGCAAGACGCAAAGCAGCUGAGGAGGAAGCUAGAAGAAGAGCGGAAGAAGAAGCAAGACGUAAAGCAGCUGAGGAAGAAGCUAGAAGAAGGGCGGAAGAAGAAGCCAGGUUGGCAGAAGCUAGGCGCAAAGCAGCUGAAGAAGAAGCUAGAAGAAAGGCGGAAGAAGAAGCUAGAAGAAGGGCGGAAGAGGAAGCCAGACGCAAAGCAGCUGAGGAAGAGGCUAGAAGAAGAGCAGAGGAAGAAGCCAGACGAAGGGCGGAAGAGGAAGCCAGGCUGGCGGAAGCUAGGCGCAAAGCAGCUGAAGAAGAAGCUAGAAGAAAGGCGGAAGAAGAAGCAAGGCGCAAAGCAGCUGAGGAAGAAGCCAGAAGACGGGCGGAAGAAGAAGCAAGACGCAAAGCAGCUGAGGAAGAAGCUAGAAGACGGGCGGAAGAAGAAGCAAGACGCAAAGCAGCUGAGGAAGAAGCUAGAAGACGGGCGGAAGAAGAAGCAAGACGCAAAGCAGUUGAAGAAGAAGCUAGAAGAAGGGCGGAAGAGGAAGCCAGGUUGGAAGAAGCUCGAAGAAGAGCGGAAGAAGAAGCAAAAUUAGAAGCAGCCCGAAUCCAGGCUUUGGAAGCUCAAAAACCCAAAAUUGAAGCUCCUGUCUUCACUUCCCCUCUCAGUGACGCCAUCAUUCAGGAAGGUUCCCGGUUUACUUUCAUGUGUCACGUGACUGGGACUCCCGUCCCGGUUGUAACCUGGUUCAAGGAUGGUAUUUCGAUCCAGAACAAUCCCGAUUACCAGACAACUUUUGAUCAAGGAUUGUGUACUCUUACCAUUGAAGAAACUUUCGCUGAAGAUUCCGCCAAAUACACUUGUAAAGCCAUUAACGCGGCUGGUUCCGCCGAAACUAGUGCUUGUUUGUCGGUGAAGGAAACGGAACCGGAAGAGCAAUUAUCACCGCCUACUUUUGUGAAGUUAUUAGAACCGGGAAGUGCACGAGAAGGAGCGGGUUUUCAGUUUUAUUGUAAAGUGGAGGGAAAUCCGUUACCGACAGUGCAGUGGUUUAAAAAUUAUGAAUGUAUUGAUAAUUCGCCGGAUUAUGUGAUUACGUAUAAUAAUGGAGAGGCGAUUUUGAAGUUCGACAAAGUGAGUUUGGAGGAUAAGGCCGAGUAUACGUGCAAGGCAACCAAUGAGCUGGGGGUGGCGCAAAGCACGGCCAGCUUGACUGUGACACCUCUGGAGCCCACCGAAGCGCCCAAGUUUAUCUUGCCGCUGUCCAACGUGAUGGCGAGGGCCGGCCAGAAAAUAAAAUUGGAAUGUGAGGUCUCUGGAUUGCCCCCACCUAUCCUCACUUGGACACACAACGGCAAAGCGGUGAAAGAAGCGCGCGAGCUUAAGUUACAAUUCGAGGGAAAUAAAGCGACAUUGCUCGUGUUCGAAGCCUUUCCUAAAGAUGCAGGGACUUAUGUUGUGAACGCCAAAAAUAUAGCCGGGGAGGCAUCAAGUGCUUGCAGCGUUUCGGUCAAAGGAAGACUUCCGACGGAAACAUCCGACUCUGAACUUGCGAGUGACAUGGAACCGGUCAAACCUUCAAUUCAGCUACCCUUGACCAAUGUUAGUGUGACCGAAGGUAACAGGGUUCGACUGGACUGUGUUAUAGUGGGACAACCGGAACCGGAAGUCAUUUGGUACCAUGAUGAUCGUCCCGUUAAGGAAUCACCAGACUUCCAACUACUCUUCCAAGGUGAUCGUUGCUCGUUGAUCAUCCAGGAAGCCCUCCCUGAAGACGCUGGACAGUACAAAGUUGUAGCUCUUAACUCAGCUGGUGAAGCUUCAAGCAAAUGCUCACUAACCGUGGUACCAGACAGUGGGACCAAGCCACCAGAACCGGAAGAACCACCCGGAACUCCUCCCAAAUUCACCAAACUCCUCUCCGAUGUUCUCGUCUCUGAAGGGGAGAAAGUCGAGUUUGAGGGGUGUGUUACCGGGGAACCCACCCCCGAAAUCAAGUGGUUGCUCAACAACCAACCCAUUACACCCACUGAUCACGUCAAAAUAACCCACAAUUCUGAUGGUACUAUCCGACUGGAAAUCGCAAAUGUGCGACCUGAGGAUAAGGGGGUGUACACAGUCAAGGCUACCAACUCUUCAGGCGAUGCCAAAUGUUUCGCCCAACUUAUCGUCAAGUCCAUGAAACCACCCGAAAUUAUCAAACACGAGGAAAUCAAGUCGGGUCCGAGUUUCAAAGAGUUGUUCAACGAUAGAGUCGCUUUUGAGGGUACUUCCACCAAAUUUGAGUGUAUAGUGGUGGGGAAACCCACCCCUAAAGUGCGGUGGUUGUUCAAUGGGGAACCAAUAACUGGCAGGAAGAUUUUAAUUUCGACUUCAGGCGAUCGUCAAGUUCUGACUAUUCCGGAAAUAAGCAAAGAUCUCGAAGGUACCAUCACUUGUGUGGCUGAAAACGAAGUUGGGAAAGCUAGUUGUGCCGCCCAUUUAUCUGUCCAAAGUGUUUCUACGAUAACUCUCCCGGAAUUUUCUCGAGAUAUUUCGCAACAUGUCGAGUCCUCCUACAUUCUAAACCGGGAGGUGCAUACCCAAUCCUCCACUUCAACCUCUCGCAAAAUGGAAACUUUCACCGGUACUCAAGAACCUCAAGUCCAAGUCCAUAGUUUCUCUCAAAAAGACCAACAAAGCUUCAAACAAAUCAACCAAGAAGCUCCCCAAAUCAGCGAAUCUCAUAAAAUCGAAGAGUACCACCAAGUUGGUAAACAACCACCUACGAUAAUCGAAAAAUCAUCGUCAUUGUUCACUACUGGUACCACCGAGGAGACCAAACAGAAAACCAUUGAGCACGUGGUCCACAAACCCGUGAUCAAAACACGACCUCCGAAAUUUAUCACACCAGUGAUGGGCAAAAUCGUCGACCAGAACGUUGACGUGGUACUUGAAGGGAUAGUUGAUGGGCAACCCACCCCUGAGAUCACUUGGACCAAAAACGGGGAACAGUUAAGGGAGUCUUCAGGUGUUCAAAUACACUUUGACCGGAAUAAAGUCUCCGUUGUUAUCAAAAAUGCAACUAUUGAUGAUGCUGGGAGAUACACUUGUACGGCGGUUAAUGAGGCUGGAAAGGCGAUAAGUACCGCCGAUUUGGUCGUACGAAAAACUGUCUUUCCGCCGGUUUUCGGACGCCGGCUACAAGCCCAAGUUGUCAAAAAAGGGGAUCGCGUUAUUAUGGAAGUUGAGGUUACGGGAACCCCUGAUCCCACAGUCACGUGGUACAAGGAUGGAGUACCUAUUGGUGAGGCUCUUGGAGAUAAAGCAAGGAUCAGGUCGAUGGGAAAUUCACACACUCUUGUCAUAGAGAAAGCUGAGUUAAAUAUGUCUGGAAGAUUUAUGGUACGGGCGGUCAAUUCUGGUGGCGAAGCUCAAAGUAUCGCCGAUAUUGCUGUUUUUGAACCAACUCCUGACACCAUGGUGGAAGUGGUCAAGACUGUUGUAUUUGAGGAUGUACGAAAGCAUGAAACUCUGACCUCAGCUGCUGAUAAAGUCUCAUCUACAGUUUCAACAAUCCCUAAACCAGUCGAAAUCCCUAAAAUCCCUGAAUCAUCCCAUGUUUCUUCCAGAUCUGAAUUCACAUCAAUGACCAAACAAGAAAUUUCCAAAGAAUCAAAAACAAUGAAAUUUGAACAUACGGUACCAGAAAUACCAAUGCCAAGAGUACCAACGCCUGUUUUAAAACUAGAAACUGAUUAUCAGAUCUGCCAACCAUCAAGCGAAAUUAUCCAAGAGAAAAAAGUCGAAGAGACUGGAAUUGAAACAAGCUCAAUUUCGAAACAAUCGUCACUCCAGUACUUCGUCAAAAAGAUCAAAGAAGGGGACGAGCCGGUACCACCACCCCUCAAAGAAACCACAAUUCCGGUUCCUAUCAAACCGGAGGUUUACAAAAAAUUUGAAGAAGUUUCAAAAACUGAAACAUCAAUUCCUAUCAAGAUUGAAAAACCCCCUGAACCCGUCCAACAAUAUAAAUCCUUCACGCGCGAUGAAGUGAGUUUAAGACCGGAACCACCAGCUGAAAUCAUUUACCCAUCGCCACCCUCGAUCUCCAAAGUCCAGGAAAAAGUCAAAUUGAUCGAGGAGAAACCUAGAGAGUUUUCGGAAAAAAUUGAAAAGUCGUACCAGGCUUCAAGUGACAGCCGCUUUGAAAGUGAAGUCAAAGGAACUGAACCUUCACCACAAGCCCUUCAAAUGGAGAAAGCCUGGGCUCACAAAUUCACAGACACACAAACCGACAAACCCUGGCCGCCACCACCACAACCCGAAGUACUACCGUCAUGGUCCGUUCAUAGUACUUUGGAAAAGAAAUGGGCUCCUGAAGUGAAAACUAGCGAACACAUGGUCAAAGAAACUAAAACUGUGAUCGAAAAGACCCCAAUUCAGCAAACUUUUCGGAAAACUGAGGUUAUAACCCAGGCUCCACCUCCUGUUGUUACACACUAUAUCGGAAAAGUGACAGAUUUACAACAUAGUACUUUUGUACAAUCACAUUACGAGACUAGUAGUGAGAAAAAGGAAAUAGUCGAGGAAAGAAAUUUGCGACCGUCGGAAGUGAGCAAAUCCUGGCCUCCACCUCCUAGUAUUGAAUCCUUGAUUCCGAUUCGACCUGUUUCGGUUCAAGACAUUACUGAUGAAGUAUAUUUGGAGCCAGGCCCCCCACCCGAAAUUGCUUUUGCCCAACCGCCACCACGCGAACGUAGCCAAUCAUACGUCGAGAUGGUUGAGCAAGACUUGGAGAGGAAUUUGGUUAAAAUUCCGGCGAAAGUACCCCCAGGGGCCGUCAGGACCAUCCCUCCGCCACUCCCACCCAAAAAAGAACAACCAAAAGCACCCCCAAUCCCCGCAAAACCACUAAAACCAACAAAACCGUUUGAGCGGUUCCCGGAUUUAGAACCGUUUCCGUUCAAACCUGAACCAGAGAAACCUAAACCACCAAAAGUUGGCCCACCUCCAACUCCCUCGAAAUUUAUCAAAGGGAGGUUUACUGAUAGUGACUACGAGAGUGAUUUUGAAUCAGUGAGGAUACCACCAAAGUGGAAACCCUCACAAAGCGAUACUGAAGAACCCAGUUAUCGCAAAGUCAGGGCUCCAAAGUUGGUUUCAACCGGCAGGUCAAAAUCAGUAGAGCCGGAACCGUUGCCUCCGUCGAAAUUUGACCAUCCUCCUCAAUUUGAAGGUCCUCCAAGACCUGAUAUUAAUCUAGAGGAGGCUAGACGCAAGAAAGAGACUCUUCAACAAGUUAAGAAACAAACUAAACACUAUACAAGGAGUCACGAGAUCAGAAAAGAGGUGGUACCUCCUCAACCCCCGAUUGACAUCAAACCAGGAUCUCCGCCUAUUUUUGCAGAGGCACCGCCUCUUGAAAAGAAGGUUAAACCAGAGUCGCCCAAAGCCAUCAAGCACAAAAUGGCCGUCGAUGGGUAUAUGGCAGACACUGACGAACCAUUUUCGCAGAGAAAAACUAUGAAAACUGAAUACAGGCAUGAGGAAAAAUCUGAGUUUAAACACUUUGCGCAAAGUAGCGAAAGUUUACAAAAGGUCGUCCCUAAACCCACCCCUAAAUUCCCCCAGCAUAAGAAACACGUGACCUCGGCGGUGACUUCGACAAAGAAGGAACUAGUGGCCACCCCCAUCAUCACCAGCAGCUCCACCCACCACCACACCGAGCACCACGAAAAGCACACCAAACUCGAGCCCUUCCCCUUCAAACCCGACCCUCCCCGUGGCAAAAAAACCCGAGGUCCCCCACCCCCAAGCCCUUCAAAGUUCAUUAAGGGCGAAUUUCGCGAAAGCGAUUACGAAAGCGACUACGAAGGGCGUAUUCCACCCGUUUGGCGCCCGACUGAAUCCGACGGAGAGCCCACCUACAGGCCCGUUAGGCCCCUUCUUACACCCAGCGGCCGCCAAUCACAACAAUCGGGCCGUACCCCCACCCCUCCCACUGAAUUUGACCAUCCCCCACGCAUCGAAGGCCCGCCCAGGCCCAAAUUCGAACCAAUCGAAAAAUUCAAGCCCAGUGUUAAACUGGACGAGAUUAUCAAACAACCGGUGAAACCCAAACCAGUAGUUGCUGAAACGAUUAUAGCCACGCCUGCUGUACGUAAAGAUGUGGUGGUAAUACAACCGGGGACGCCCCCAGAAUUGGGGUAUGCCCCGCCCCGGAAAACACAGUACUACCGAUCUGUGACUAGUACUCCCUAUCACAAUGCAAUUCAAACGGAAACUUCGAACGUAAUGCAUUUUAAUGAAGCUAGUGAGAAUUGUAGAAGAACGGUUAGUCUUCAACAGACGACUAAAGUUAUCAAGUUUGGGGAUCAGGGGAGACGGGAGGAGAAGUUAGAACCGUUCCCUUUUAAACCGGAGCCGGAGAGACCACGACGUGGAAGUGCCCCACCUCCCCCACGUCCCACUAAAUUCAUCCCGGGCGAAUUUAGAGAAAGUGACUAUGAAAGUGAAGUCGAAAGUACCAGAAUUAAGCCAAAGUGGGCACCAAGUGGUAGUGAUUCGGAAGGAUAUCACUACAGACCGGUCAAAGCACCCUCAACGAGGUCUCUAAGUGCCCCAGCACCCAAGGAACGAGUCUUAUCACCUCUGGAAUUUGACCAUCCCCCUACUAUUAGUACCACCGAUGGUGAAACACGCAGUAGUUACAAACGAUUUACGGAGAGUAAAUCUGGUAAAGUUGUGGCUAGGAGUAGGUCGUACGAACCUCCCGUACAACCGGGAAGUCCACCAGAAUAUGGAUACGUUGCUAAGUCUACUGCAACUAAACUAGCGUCCCAGCAUAUGGAUAGUAUGACCCAUGCGUUCAAGAGUACUACUCAAAAGUUCGUCCAUGAUAUCAUGAAUGAUGUUAACAAAAAAUCGCAGCAGAAACCAGCGGUCAAAGCGCAAGAUGGGGACGCCCAGGUGUAUCGGGAAGAGACCAGGGCAGCCCAGUAUGGUACCAAGCACGUAGACCCCGAUACAGGUCUCAUCUACUUCAAGUACGACUUCGGUUACGAAUUCGGGAUAAUACUUCCCGGCGAAAGCAAACAAGGGGAAAUCCCCGUCCCCAAGAAAACAAUAAUCGAGCCUCCGAAACGCACCACCGACAUCGAAAUGCCCGUCUACCACGAAACCUCCCGCAAAAACGUAAAGUGGGAACCGACCUCCGAAAGCGAAAUGUCGGAGUACGAAGGCGAGAGCAAAAAGCGAGGUAGUACCUUGCACGCCUCAAGAUGGGAUCAGUCUUCUUGUAGUCCUGUUUCACUGUCGCCUAGUUUGCCUAGCACAUCUCCAGCUUUUAACAGUACUAUCGCAGCUUCGGGUCGAAAGGGAGCUGAAACUCCCCCCAGUUGCCCCAGCACUCCCGGAAGUACCAAAGUUUUGCAAAGUUCGGCUCGCGCCCCCAUGUUCAUAACGCCUCUUCGCAACAUCGCGGUAGUGAGCGGCCAGCCCGCCAAAUUUGAAUGUAUCGUCCAGUCGGAACCACCGCCCAACAUCCUAUGGUCGAAAAACGGCAGAAUCAUCGAAAACUCCAACGAUUAUCAGCUACAUUACCGGAAUGGAGUGUGUCGAUUGACCAUAUCCCAGGCUUAUCCUGAGGAUGCAGGUACUUAUGCUUGCACUGCCACCAAUUCUGUGGGUACUGUUAACACCACAGCAACACUUGAAGUACCAGGAGUCCCAUCGCACAUGUAUGGAACCUACCGGCAGCUGAAAACCGGUCGAAGGAGCGUCUCACCUGAAUUACAAUUCUACCAACGUCCUGAAUCGCCUUCAGCUGUGCAAGGCGGCCAGAUCCAGCAACAGGGCUACCAGCAAAUCGCCGGUUUCGGCCCUAAUGCCCAGCCCCCUGUCUUCGAGAAAGUUUUUAGCAACGCCCGCUUCGCCCAAGGAGGCGUAGCCUCUUUCGAAGGGCGUGUCACCGGCAAACCGCAACCGGAAGUCACUUGGACGCGCAAAGGCGCUCCUCUCCUCUCCUCCAACAAGCACCGACUAACUUACAACGAAACGACUGGAGAUAUCACUUUCCAGAUUAACCAAAUAGGCCCCGGAGACGAAGGCGAAUACGUCUGUACGGCCAAAAACCAAUAUGGCGCCGCCAUUUGCUCAGUGUUCAUCCAACCAGAAGGCUUCCAAAUGCCCCAAAGACAGUCCUAUCAACGACACGAACAAACCACCACUUACUCGAACGGAACUUACGUCCAAGAGGACUUCAAAAUUGACACUUUUGAGUACAGACUACUCCGAGAAGUGUCUUUCCGCGAGUCGAUCACUAGGAGAUAUGUUGGUGAAAGCGAUGUUCAAAUUUCCACUACAGUGGAACGGUCUUUAGGACCUCCAGCUCCGCCCCAAAUUUCCCAAAAACCACGAAACUCCAAACUGUUGGAAGGCUCAGAUGCGGUGUUUUCAGCCAAACUCUCGGCCAACCCAAGACCCAGGAUUACAUGGUUCAGGAAUGGCCAAAGGAUCACAGAGACCCAAAAAUACGAAACCACUUUCUCAAACAAUCAAGCUUCGUUACGAGUCAAGCAAGCUACUUCUGAAGAUUCGGGUCAUUACACACUUCUGGCUGAAAAUCCGCAAGGUUGUGUUGUUUCUUCAGCUUAUUUGGCUAUUGAACCCGUCACAACCCAAGAAGGUUUAAUCCAUGAAUCAACCUUCAAGAGUCAGCAAACUGAAGUCGAGCAAACCGACACUGGAAAGACCCUCGCUCCUAAUUUCGUCCGAGUUUGCGGUGAUCGGGACGUCACUGAAGGGAAAAUGACCCGUUUUGACUGUAGGGUCACUGGAAGACCUUACCCUGAAGUCACUUGGUUCAUAAACGGCCGCCAAGUCACCGACGACCACAACCACAAAAUCCUAGUCAACGAGUCCGGAAACCACGCCCUUAUGAUCACCACAGUGAGUCGCUUGGACUCCGGAGUGGUGACUUGCGUGGCCCGGAACAAAACCGGAGAGACCUCCUUCCAAUGCAACUUGAACGUAAUCGAGAAGGAGCAAGUGGUAGCUCCCAAGUUCGUCGAAAGGUUCACUACAGUAAAUGUAAGGGAAGGAGAGCCAGUUUUACUGAACGCUCGAGCUGUUGGUACUCCUACCCCACGUAUCACUUGGCAGAAGGACGGAGUCCCUUUGGCGAGUAGCCACGAAGUGCGGAUCGCGAUUGACGGUGGAGCCACUUCCUUGGAUAUAGCAAGGGCCAAGGCGUCGGAUGCUGGAUGGUACCAAUGUACUGCACAGAAUGUUGCCGGCUCCACCGCUACUCGCGCUAGGUUGUUUGUCGAAACGCCACAAGGGCCGAUGCAGGAACCCAAACGUCUGCAUCUGCCUCGACCGACCAAAAUCAUCGAACCUGAACCCGAACCUGGCCCAGAAGUCAUCUACCUCCGACACGUUGAACGCGCAAAGCCUCAUGCCCCCGCCGCUGAAGAAGACCGAAUUUAUCCCCCACCCCAGUUCAUUAUCCCUCUACAUGAUGCUGUUCAAUUUGAAGGAGGAAAAGUACAUUUCGAGGCCAGGAUUGAACCAGUUGGCGACCCCACCAUGCGUGUGGAGUGGUUCAUCAACGGAAGACCCCUGGAAGCUAGUUCUCGCGCUACUUCCAUCUUCCGUUUCGGCUUCAUCGCCCUCGACCUCAUCAGCCUCGUCUUGAAAGACAGUGGCGAGUACGUUUGCCGCGUCACCAGCUCCACCGGCUGUGUGGAAUCCCGAGCCAUGCUUAGUGUGAACCCCCGAGCUUCCAUCGAGCAAACCAGCCAACACCCUGACAGUCUCAAAUACAUCCAACAACUAGAAGACUACUCCAAGUACCAAAGGAGCGACAGUCUCGAAGAGUCAAUCAACCAGAAGCCUCACUUCAUCCGUCCACUCCAAGACCUGGGGGAGCUUCAAGAAGGUCGCAACGCUCACUUUGAGGCGCAGUUAACCCCCGUGAGUGACCCCACCAUGAAAGUGGAGUGGUACAAAGAUGGUCGACCAAUCACCGCCAGUUCAAGAAUCACCACGAUCUUCAACUUUGGCUACGUUUCUCUCAAUAUUAUGCACCUACGGGCUGAAGAUGCCGGUUCUUACACUGUGCGGGCUGUUAAUAGACUCGGGGAAGCCAUAAGUAGUGGCACUUUGCAAGUUUACGCCAGGUCUACAGUCACCGGUGAUUUGGGAAUCCCGGAACAACAAAGAUAUAUCGAGAAAGUUGAAGAAUUGGAAGCUUACCAACAACAACAGCACCAGAAAUACGUACUGGAAACCCCCGAAAGCUCCCAACCACCAGAAUUCAAAACCCCGAUCAAAGACCAAGUCGGGAUCCGGGAAGGAGGUUUCGCUCAUUUUGAAGCCAGACUUGAACCAGUCGGCGAUUCAACCCUUAAAGUUGAGUGGUUGAAGGACGGACGUCCAGUUGAAGCCAGUUCCCGAAUCACUAGUUUCUUUAAUUUUGGAUACGUUGCUCUCACCAUCAAAGAAGUGACCAUUCACGACGUUGGUAACUACACUUGCCGGGCCUUUAACGCCCUUGGUCAAGCUGUGACCACAGCCCAGUUGAGUGUGGUCAGCAAGAAAGAUAUUAUUUUUGACUCUCAACACCCCGGCGGACUUGAAAAAAUCCAAUACUUGGAGGACUCCAGCCGGUAUAAUCGCACCUCCAAAGAGGAGGUUCAAGUAACGCAAAAACCCAGGUUUUUGGGACCACUUAAAGGUACUAAUAAGAUUGUUGAGGGACAGCGGGCGCAUUUUGAGGCCCGUGUUGAACCUCAGAGUGAUUUAACUUUGAAGAUUGAAUGGUACUUUAACGGCAAACCGAUACAGAGUGCCAAUAGAAUACAGACAUAUCACGAUUUUGGCUACGUAGCGCUUGAUAUUUUGAGUGUGAGAGAGGAGGAUUCGGGUACUUAUACUGUGGUGGCGAGGAAUGCACUUGGCGAGGCGCAACUUUCGGCCAGUAUGGUCGUUGAAACUCGCGCUAGUAUCGACACUAGAAGCAUGCACCGCUCAGCCUUUGACAAAACCCAAAGACUUGAAGAAUCAAAAUUCGUGGAACCUCACUACGACAUUGUCGAAACUUCUAAAUCCAAACCAAUUUUCGUGGUACCACUCUCAGAUCCCCAACCGUUGACUGAGGGCCGGAACGUGCACCUUGAGUGUCGUCUUGAACCCAUGGGAGACCCAACAAUGAGAGUGGAAUGGUACUGUAACGGACGACCCAUUACUGUGGGUUCCAGAUUUAGGACUUACAACGAUUUUGGCUUCGUGGCUUUGGAUAUCAUCCAUGCUACGGCCCUUGAUUCUGGAGAAUAUACAGUACGUGCUGUUAAUCAAUUGGGCUCGGCUCAUACCUCGGCCUGUGUCCGAGUAAUCGAACGAUCUGAUAUCAUCACGGAAACACAACACGAACAAUCACUUGAACAAAUCCAAAUGCUUGAAGACGCGUCCAGGUAUCGGAAACACGUGGACGAAGAAGUAACUGUGCUACAAGGGCCUCAGUUCACCCGUCCCUUGCACAAUAUUGAAACAGUUGAAGGAACCAACGUCCAUAUGGAGUGUCGGUUGCAACCAGUGGGUGACCCAACCAUGAGGGUUGACUGGUUUUGUAACGGAGUACCGGUCAAAGUAGGCCAUAGGUUCAGGCCAGCGUAUGACUUUGACUACGUCGCUCUGGAUCUCUUGAGUGUUUAUCCGUCCGAUUCCGGGGUUUACACCUGUCAAGCCCGGAACCAACUUGGCGAAGCUGUGACCUCAUGCUCGGUCAAAGUGAUUGCCAAGAAGGAUUUGUUACUUGAAACCCAACACCCCGCAGGUCUUGAAAAAAUCCAAUACCUUGAGGACUCCUCUCGCUACAAACGGACGGAAUUCGUCGAUGAACAAGUCACCGUUAAACCAAAAUUCGUGACUCGACCUAAAAACCUCGAAAAUAUGGUUGAGGGCCAACAUGCCCACUUUGAGUGCAAACUCGAGCCCGUCACUGACCCGAAUUUGAAAGUCGAGUGGUUCAAAAACGGGCGCCAAAUCACAAUCGGUCACAGAUUUAGACCAAUUCAUGAUUUUGGUUACGUUGCGCUUGACGUUGUCGAUUUAAUCGCUGAAGACUCCGGUACUUACACUUGCCGAGCUACUAAUCUAGUCGGCGUGGACGAAACUACAUGUUACCUCAAAUGCCGAGCUUCGGGUCAGAUAAUCACAAGUACCCAGAACGAAACCGGGUUGCAACAAAUCCAACACUUGGAAGACCGCUCCAAGUACCACCGAGCCGAAGAGAUCGACGAACGCACCACUCAAGCCCCCAUUUUUACGACUUCUUUGAAAAAUGUCGACAUCAAAGAAGGGCAAAGAGCGCAUUUCGAGUGUCGAUUGAUCCCAGUUUCGGACGCUACUAUGAAAGUUGAGUGGUUCCACAACAACCAACCGCUCAAAUCCGGCUCCAGGUUCACCGAAACUAACAAUUUCGGGUUCGUUGCUUUGGAUAUCCUCUAUGCGUACCCGGAGGACUCUGGUACUUACACCUGCCGGGCUACAAAUAUCUUAGGCGAGGCUGUAACGUCAGCUGUCUGUAAUGUGCGUUCAAAGAAAUCGAUUUAUUCGGAAACUGUGCAUGAAGGUGCCCUCGAACGCUUAGUCCAAUUGGAGGACUCCUCCCGGUACCAGAGACAGGAAGUCCAGGAAGAGGUGGUCAAUCAAGCUCCUGUUUUUACGAUGCCGAUCAAAGAUUUAAGAGUGGCGGAAAACCAAGCCGCGCAUUUUGAAGCUCGUUUGAUUCCUGUUGGAGACUCGCGGCUCAAAGUUGAAUGGUUGAGGAAUGGAGUACCAAUCCAAGCUUCUAAUCGCUUGACCACAAUGCACGAUUUUGGUUACGUUGCUCUUAAUAUGAAGUACGUCAACCCGGAGGACUCCGGUACUUACACCUGCCGAGCCGUUAACGAUUUGGGAGAAGCCGUAACGUCCGCAACCCUCUUCGUCCAAUCCAAAGCGUCCCUUCAACUUGAAUCCCAACACGAAGGAGCUUUACAAAAGCUGAGACAACUAGAGGAUUCCAGCAAGUACCAACGCCGCGAAGAGGAAGAAGUCGAAGUGACUCAAGCACCAAGAUUUAGUACCCAACUGAACGGACCUACUGACCUUGUCGAGGGUCAAAGUGCCCACUAUGAGUGUCGUAUUGAGCCCUACCCUGACUCCUCAAUGAAAGUUGAGUGGUUGCAUAAUGGUAAAGCUCUGAGUACCGGACACAGAUUUAGAACUGCAUAUGAUUUUGGCUUUGCAAGUCUUGAUGUUUUGACGGUUUAUGCUGAAGAUUCCGGCGAGUACACAUGCAGGGUCACCAAUAAACUGGGUCAAGCCCAGUCUUCGGUGGUCACCAAUGUCAAAUCUAAAUCUUCCAUAAUCCGUGAAACGCAACAUGAAGGUGCCCUCGAGAAGAUUCAGUACCUUGAGGAUGACUCUCGUUACAAGAAAGUUAGUCGGGAAGAUGCCAUUAUUUUGGAGAAGCCUCAAUUCGGCCGUGGCUUGAAAACCAUAGAGAAUCUCCCUGAAGGUUCCAGUGCCCACCUUGAGGCAACCUUGACCCCAGUCAAUGACCCGACAAUGAGAGUCGAGUGGUUUUGCAACGGACGGCCUAUUCAAACCGGUCAUAGGUUUAAGACAACUUACGAUUUUGGUUUCGUUGCCCUUGAUAUCCUCUAUGCUUACGCUGAGGAUUCUGGUACUUACAUGUGCCGGGCUAGGAAUGCAGCUGGUGAAGCUGUAACCACAGCCAACGUCCAGGUUAUAGCCAAAUCUGGACUGUACCUUGACACAAUGGACGAACAAAGACUUAAGAAAAUCAGGGAUCUGGAGAGUUACGAACGCCCCAAAAAGGAGGAAGUUGAAGCUCCACCCCAACGCCCAGUCUUCCUGACCCCAUUGGUCAGUUUGGAGAACCUCAAAGAAGGGGAACAUGCGCAUUUGGAAUGCCGGGUGGAGCCAGUUAAUGACGCAAACUUGAAAAUCGAAUGGUUCGUCAAUGGAGUCAAAUUAAGGGCUGGUCAUAGGUUCAGAACUACGCAUGAUUUUGGCUACGUUGCCCUUGACGUCCUAUAUACUUACCCUGAGGAUAGUGGUACUUACAUGUGCAAAGCUACUAAUCUAGUUGGCGAAGCUGUUAAUACGUGUACUAUCAAAGUAGGAGGGCGCAAAAGCAUUCUCUUGGACACGCACCACCCCGAAGGGUUGGAAAAAAUCAGAGAAUUGGAAGCUCAAGGUCACCCGACUCGUCUUGAAGUCGAGGAACCCAUCCCGACCCCUCCACGUUUGGUGACAGAACUACGCGGUACCACCGAAAUUUACGAAGGACAAACCGCUCACUUUGAGGCUCAAGUGGAACCAAUCCAUGAUCCUAACUUAAGAAUCGAGUUUUACCACAAUGGAAAACCAUUACCUUCGGCCAGUAGGUUCCACAUCACUUUUGAUUUCGGUUACAUUGCGCUUGAUAUCGGACAUUGUGUUCCGGAAGACGCUGGUGAAUACACAGUCAAAGCCAUUAACAAUCUGGGUCAGUGCACUUCGUCCAUCAAUUUGAAAGUUAUCGCCAAGAGCAAUAUUAUUCUGGAGUCACAAAGACCGGAAGGAUUAGACAAGAUUAGACAAUUAGAGGAACACCAACCGUACAAACGGCCAGAACAUGACGAACCGGUGACUAGGCAAAGGCCAGUUUUCACCCAACCACUCCAGAAUAUUGAUAGUAUUCAAGAGGGACAAACGGCGCACUUUGAGUGCAGACUUAUCCCAGUCGGAGACCCCACACUUAAAGUAGAGUGGUUCCGUAACGAAAAACCGCUGGAAGACAGUUCCAGAAUCACAAAAGUGCAUGACUUCGGGUUCGUUUCACUUGAUAUCACCCAUGUUAGGGAUGAAGACGAGGGAGUCUACAUUUGCCGGGCCUCGAAUCCUCUUGGGGAAGCUGUCACGACUGCUUCUAUGAAAAUUAGAACCAAAGCCAGCAUCCAAUUGGAGUCCCAACACCCUGAAGCCCAACGCAAAAUCGCUCAACUGGAGCAACCCCUUGCCCCACGUCCAGAAGAACCCGAACGCCACUUCGAAAAACCCAUUUUCACCCAACUUCUCACUGGACCCACCGAACUAUGGGAAGGUCAACACGCUCAUUUCGAAGCCCGGGUGGUACCAGUCGGAGACCCAAGCUUGAGGUUCGAAUGGUACGUCAACGGAGUCGAACUCAAGCUGGGUUCAAGGUUCAAGGUUACGCACGAUUUUGGGUUCGUUACCCUUGAUAUCAUGUCGACUGUUCCUGAAGACUCGGGAGUCUACAUGUGUAAAGCUAUCAAUAAAUCAGGGGAGGCCGUUUCCUCAAUUUCAAUGAAAGUCAAGUCGAAAUCAAAUAUUGUUGGUGAAACUCUUCAACCCGACGCUUGGCAGAAGAUUCAAUUGAAGGAAGCCGAAAUGAAUAAAGUACCAGAAAUGUUCGUUGAUACUACUCCUCAACAACCACCAGUUUUUACAACCCAUCUCAAGAGCUACGAUAAGUUGGUUGAGGGUCAACAUGUGUAUCUUGAAGCUCAAGUCGAGCCAAGAGCUGAUCCCAACUUAAGAAUCGAAUGGUUCAAGAACGGAAUUUCGCUAACCACCGGUACCCGGCUUCGCAGUACUUUUGAUUUCGGGUUGGUGACCCUGUCUAUCAAUAGUUUGAGGGAUGACGAUUCGGCAAUUUACACUUGUAAAGCCACAAACUUGCUUGGCGAAGCCAUUUCAACCUGUACUCUCAAAAUCGAGGAUCGUCAUUGGUUGUUGGGACAAACCCUUCACCCUGACGCCAUCCCAAAACUGGAAGCUUUGGAACGACCGCAAGAAGCAAAGGUUGAGCAACCAGAACCCGUCUACGAACUCCCGAUCUUUAUCAGUCAUUUGAACAAUGUCGAAUGUAUGGAAGGUGAUAAUGUGCACUUUGAAUGCAACGUUGAACCAUCCAAAGACCCCACACUCAAAAUCGAAUGGUUUAUUAACGGCAAACCACUACCAUCUGGUACCAAAUAUAAGUCAACGUACGAUUUUGGAUACGUCGCACUUGACAUUAACCAUGUCUAUGAACACGACGCUGGAAUUUACACUUGCAAGGCUACCAACAGUAAAGGUUCAGCUACGACUUCUGGUUCCCUCCGUGUCACUUCCAAAACCAACAUUUACUUGGACACCCAACACCCUCAAGGUAAAUCAGGCCUUGAAGCAAUCGAAGACACUGAGCGAGCCUUUGCUGCAAAGUACCAACGCGCUGAUAGUACCCCUGACACCGAAUUCGGCAAACCCAUAUGGACCACACCCCUAAAUCCAGAGUUCAGACUAGUCGAAGGCCAACCCUUGCGUUUGGAAGGUACCGUCGAACCCAAAAACGACCCCAAUCUCAAGAUAGAGUGGUUCUUUAACGGCAAAUCCUUGGACCAUGGUACCAGAUUUAAACUAACCAGUGAUUUUGGUUUUGUGACACUGGACCUUGUCGAUGUUUACGAGCGAGACCAAGGUAUUUACACUUGCAAGGCUUCAAAUAAGAAGGGAGAAGCCUUUACCUCAACCACUAUCUACUGUACUAGCAAAGCUAACUUGAUCGAACGCACCCAACACCCCAAGGGUCAAGAAGGGUUGGAGAAAAUCCAAGAUUUGGAAGACUCGCUUAAUAGACCUGAAGCCCAAAUUCCGGAGAAGGAUGAAGGACAUGCUCCAGUCUUUACGUCAGAAUUCACUAACUUGACUAAUCUUAGUGAAGGCGAAAUUGCGCAUUUCGAGGCUGGGUUAACACCAAUCGGGGACCAGACCAUGGUAGUGGAAUGGUUCUACAAUGGUAAAACCAUUGAAGCCUCCCAUCGCUUCCGCACAGUUCAUGCGUUCGGAAUGGUGGUUUUGGAAGUCCUAGGUUGCAAAAUCGAAGAUUCGGGGACUUACACCUGCAAGGCCACUAACAAGUGGGGAAUGGCCGAACAAAGUGUCACACUUGAGUGUACGGAGAAGAUCAAGGGUCAAAAACCAAGAUUUACAACCCAGAUUCAAAACAUUGUCGGGCUUAAGGAUGGCCAAUCAGCUCACUUUGAGUGCACUUUGGUACCAGUUAACGAUCCCGAUUUGAAAGUCGAAUGGUACCAUAAUGGACAACAAAUUUUGCAGUCCUCCCGAAUUAAGACCGUUUCUGAUUUUGGUUUCGUCGUUAUGGACAUUUCCUACAUCCAAGACCACGAUUCUGGUGAAUAUGUGUGUCGUGCGUACAAUAAAUAUGGUGAAGAUUUCACCAAAGCGACAAUUUCGGCCCAAGGCAAGGGUGGAGUCUUCUCCGAAAGUCUCCAACCUGAUUCUUUGGCCAAAAUCCGGGAAUUGGAAAGUUUGCAAGGCCAACAGGCACAAGUACCGACAACUCCAGUGACGGAACCACCGAAAUUCAUUACGCAAAUACAAGACGUUAUGAAGCUUGUGGAAGGGCAAAGUGCCCACUUUGAAGCCAGGCUUACUCCAGUCACUGAUCCCGACCUUGUGGUCGAGUGGUACUACAAUGGGAAGAAGUUGCCUCAUGGGCACAGAUAUCGUACGUUCCAUGAUUUCGGUAUCGUAAUUUUGGACAUUUUGUAUUGCUAUGAGGAGAACUCCGGUACUUAUGAAUGCAGGGCUUAUAAUAAAUACGGCGAAGAUAGUACUAAGGCCAACUUGAAAUGCGUCUCGAAGGCGAACUUGAUCCUGGACUCGCAACUGCCGCGGGGCAUGGAGGGCGGAUUGGAGAAGAUCCAGACCCUGGAAGACUCCCUAACCCGCCAGCGCGACGAGAAAGUAACAGAAGAAAAAGGCCGAGCCCCUGUUUUCACAGUACCACUGUCCAACAUCGACAGCCUUCGUGAGGGCGAAAACGCCCACUUUGAAGCCCGAUUAAUCCCAACCGAUGAUCCAAAACUCAAAGUUGAGUGGUUCUGGAACGGUAAACCACUCCGAACUGGUUCCCGCUUCCGAACUUUCUGCGAUUUCGGUUUCGUUAUUCUUGAAAUAUCACCCGUUUAUCCCGAAGACUCUGGAGAGUACUCCUGCCGGGCUUUUAACGAGUAUGGGGAAGCCGUCACAACAGCCUCUAUGAAAGUUCAAGGCAAAAGAAGCAUUAUCCUUGAAUCGCAACUACCUAAAGGUAUGGAGGGUACCAUUGAUAAAAUUGCCGAGCUGGAAGGGCUCGGAAUGGUACCAUCUCAAGCCUCAGUGGAUGACGAUACCGGACGUCCACCUGAAUUCAUCACAACUCCCGCUGAUUUGACCCUUGGUGAAAACUCCUUAGCCCAUUUCGAGUGCAAGUUGAUUCCAGUCAAUGACCAGAGCAUGAGAGUCGAGUGGUUCCAUAAUGGUAAAGCCUUAUGGGCCGGCUCCCGCAUUAAAACCAUCAACGAUUUCGGUUUCGUCAUUCUGGAAAUUUCGGGUGUUUACCAACGAGAUUCCGGUUUGUACACUUGCAAGGCAACCAACAAACACGGUGAAGCCACCGUUUCGUGCAAAUUGCAAGUGAGGGGUCGCCAAGGGAUCAUUCUGGAACCCCAACUACCAUCAAACUUUAAGAGCGGUACUGAAAGUAUCCAAAAACUCGAAGAAACGCUUUACAAACGUGAAGAAAUCACAUCAGAAGAAGAAAAACCAAACCCUCCACGCUUCAUUGUCGAAAUCAAGGACAAUGUGGACGUUCCUGAAGGAGGUCCAGUUCACUUUGAUUGCCGGGUGGAACCCACCAAUGACCCAACCAUGCGUAUUGAUUGGUUCCACAACGGACGACCAUUUGCCACCGGUUCAAGGGUCCACCAAAUCAAUGAUUUUGGGUUCAUUUCGCUUGAUAUUGACUAUACCUACUCUAGAGAUGCUGGCGAAUAUAUUUGCAGAGCUACUAAUAAGUGGGGUUCUGCCACCACUAAAGCCACAGUUACGUCAAAGUCUAAACGCACCAUUGACUACGAAUCGCAACUUCCAGCUGGCAUGAGCGCAGAAAAACUCAAAGAAUUGGAAAAGGGGAAAGUUGAAGAGAAGCACCAAGAGGAAAAAACGUACUCUCCACCCAAAUUUAUCACACAAAUCGAGUCCACAACUGUGGAAGAGUCCGAAUCUGUGCGAUUUGAAUGUCGAGUGGAACCCAAAGACGACCCUAAGCUACGUAUCGAGUGGUACCGUAACGGAAAAUUGCUUCCUUCAGGUCACAGAUACAGAACCGUCUACGAUAUGGGAUUCGUCUCACUUGAUAUUCUCUACGUUUAUGCUGAAGAUUCCGGAGAGUACGUUUGCCGUGCCGUUAAUGACUAUGGUGAAGACUUCACCAAAGCCAAAAUCACGUGCAAGAAGCUACCAAACAUCAUCCUCCAAAACCAAGUACCCAAAGGAAUGAAGAAGUCGGAAACUUUAAUGCAGAUGGAAGCCGCCAUCAAAAAGUACACCUCAGAGAUACAUUUAACGGAAGACGAUUUGUACGACGCUGAUAAGAAGCAACCACCGCGCUUUGUCACCCAAAUCCAAAGUCAGGAGACUUUAGUUGAGAUGCAAACAACUAAAUUUGAGUGUCAGCUGGCUCCAGUUGGAGAUCCGAAUAUGAAAGUCGAGUGGUUCUUCAACGGAAAGCCUCUCCCUCACAAAAACCGAUUUACUCCCAUCUAUGAUUUCGGUUACGUUGCCAUGAACUUCGGUUGGGUGUAUCCUGAGGACAGUGGUGAGUACCUCUGCCGGGCUACCAACCUGUACGGUAUGGACGAGACCAGAGCUGUUAUCAAGACUGCCGGCAAGCCUGGAAUUAUCUACGAUUCCCAACUUCCGAAAGGAAUGAAGAGUAUUGAGAAAAUCCGUGAACUUGAAGCCGCUUGGCAAGUUGUUCCGGAAGAAGCCGCCGAGGAGAGUAAACCUCGCUCAGCUCCGGUCUUUGUGAGCAGACCGGAACCUUGCACCGUCCAGGAGGGAGAAUGGGCCCGGUUUUGCUGCCGAGUCACCGGUCACCCACGACCAAGGGUCAUGUGGUUGAUCAAUGGUCACACCGUUGUUAAUGGAUCAAGGUACAAAUUGACCUAUGACGGGAUGUACCAUAUGGAUAUUCCAAAAACUCGCCAGUACGACACCGGGAAAGUGGAAGUAAUUGCUCGAAGUUCUGUGGGAGAAGCGAUCGCUGAUACGGAACUGAAGGUCAUUCCUAGACAAGACGAUUACAGAGGGGUUCUUAAAAAUUCACCAAGACCCUGGUACGACCUCGAAUUGGCUCAGUACCAGAAAGAACGAUCUGAAACCGAACUUGAAAAAGUUUUCGACGAACGCAACACGAUGCAACGCGAGCAAGGGCUCAACGUCACAGGCAUCCACGUCCAGCCUAAAGAAUUCAAAGAGGAACAAACCGAAUGGCAAAAAUCAAUCAAGAACAAGAAAACUGAAGAUUACUACUCCAAAAUCCAAGAACUGGAAAACGAGCAAGUGACCAAAGAAAUCAAACUACGAGAAGCCUCUCACCAGUUCGCCAUUCCUGGCGAGAAGAUUGUUUCGAGUUCGCUGGCUAAAGGGAUGGCCCAGAAAUAUCAAGAGAACUUAGAAGAAAAACCGGAAAAAGUUGACCUCAGACCUAUCCCUUAUUUGCCCAAAGCCGAGGAAAAAGUCACUCCACACCGCGACCAAGUCCAACUACGCAAAACCGACAAAGGCAAAGAAAUGGAGCAACAGCGCGAAGUGAUCGUUGAUUCGAAAAAAGGAGCUUAUCCGCCAGAUCCGACCGAAUCUGGCGUCCACGGACGGGAAAUUUAUGUGACCAAACAACGCCAAACACAGAAGGAAAACGUCGGAGAUAAGGAAAUCACCCGACACAUUACAGCUACUGAAACCACCGAUGUGGAACACAAAGCCAAAACUCAGGAGAAACUAGUCCAGGGUCAAGUACUACCAAGCAAUCCCCCUGUCUUUACUAAGAAGAUCCAACCUUGCUUGGCCUUCGAAAACACUUCGGCUCGCUUCGAAGUUGAGUUUGACGGAGACCCGUUACCGAAAGUUACCUGGUACCGGGAAAAUUUCCCGAUUACGAGCUCCCCUGACUUGACCAUCUACACAUUUAGUACCAAAUCAAUCUUGGUGCUUCGCCAAGUCUUCGUUGAAGAUUCUGGUGUCUUUAGUGUUGUUGCUGAAAAUCGGGGAGGUACCGCAAAAUGCAGUGCCAACUUGGUGGUCCAGGAACGGCGAAGUCAGGCACGUGGUGGUGUGGUACCACCUAGUUUCGUCACAACCAUUCAAAGUGCCACCUCCAACGUGGGUCAAUUGGUACGUUUUGAUGCCAGAAUCAAUGGUACCAAACCCAUUGACGUCUACUGGCUCAAAAACGGCAAGAAAAUCUCCUCCGACAUCCGCUACAAGACUUUGGAAGAGGACGAAAUCUACACCCUCCUCAUCAUCGAGGUGGUACCUGAAGAUUCAGGAAAAUACGAAUGUGUGGCAAUUAACAGCGCCGGCGAAGCCCGUUGUGAAGCCGACUGUCAAGUCACCCGUCCUGCCACCCCUUCAAAACCCGCCAAACCCACCACCCCCACCGGGGAAAAGGCCCCCAGUAUUGUCGAGCCCUUGAAGGAUCAAAAGGUCCGUGAAGGUCAAGCUGUGGCGUUCAGAUGCAAAAUCACCGCCAAGCCGGCGCCGACCAUCAAAUGGCAGAAAGGCGAUAAGGUUAUCAAGCCGUCCAAGUACUUCCAAAUGGUCAAAGACGGGGAUUAUUACACUUUGAAGAUUUCUGAAGCCUUCCCCGAAGAUGAAGGUGUUUAUAAAUGCGUGGCGUCGAAUCCAGCUGGUACUGUUACGCUCCAAGCGAACUUGAAGGUAUUGGCGCCUGAAACGCAAGAAGUUGCUCCGUCUUUGACGCCCAUGAAGGAUGUGAUUGUGCCGGAGGGAAGUCCAGCGCAGUUCAAGACCACUGUGAGCGGGAAACCCAAACCGACGGUGCAGUGGCUGAGGGAAGGGUUCCUUAUUCCAGAUUCGCCAGAUUUCCAGAUGAUCCACGAGGGCAACAACGCCGUCCUCCUCAUCUCCACCACCUAUGAAGAGGACUCUGGCACCUUCACCUGCCGGGCAACCUCUUCAGCUGGUCAAGUCGAGCGAUCGGCCAAACUGAUCGUCAAAAAAAAAGAAGAAAGCGGUGUUGCCCCCCACUUUGUGGAGCCCCUCAAACCCCAAAUCAUCGAAGAGAAGUCCAAAGCGGUCCUACGGUGCAAAGUCAUCGGUCAACCAACUCCCCAAGUCAAAUGGUUCAAAGACAAUAAAGAAGUGGUUCCAUCACGCAGCCACCAAGUCACCUACAACCCUCAAACUGGGGAAGCCACCCUCGAAAUCCUCAAACCGACCUCCGAAGACGAGAAAAUUUUUACUGUCAAAGCGGAUAACAAGUUUGGCCAAGCUGAAUGUCGAGCCAACCUAGUCAUCUCUAAGGCAGUAACAGUGACGCAACCAAUGGUCAUGGAAGCCCCAAGAAUUAUCAAACCAGUGGAAGCAGUUAUGGUCAAGCCUGACCAAGAGGUGGUACUGGAAGCCCUCUUUGAGGGUGUCCCAGCGCCUGAAAUCAAAUGGUACAAAAACAAUAAGGAAAUCAAGCAAGACGAUGACUAUGAAAUCGAAACUAAAGACAAGAAAACUGUCCUCAAAAUCAAAAAGAAGGUAAAGAAGAAGGGUGGCAAGUACGAAGUUCACGCCACUAACCCUAAAGGAGAAGUGCGGACUUCGGGUACUGUUACCGUCACUCAAACCAUCACUGAGGAAGCCCAACCGCCUAAAUUCCUCAAACCUAUUAAUCCACAAUAUGCAACCGUUGGCGAAGUGGUCAUACUUGAAGCAACAGUCGAUUCAAUACCUCCAGCCUCGUUCCAGUGGUUCCAGAAAUUGACUCCUAUUAUUUCAACCCCUGAGAUGAAAAUUGUCUCGGAGGAAAACCGCUCCACUUUAAUACUAACUGAUGUUACACCUGAACAAGCCGGUACUAUUACUUGCCGGGCGGAAAAUGCCGUCGGUUCGGUCACUUGCACUGCUUCUCUGAACGUAGUCGACGAAAUGGAAUGGGAAGAGACCCGGGAACUGGAGUACCCACGCUUUGCCAAGCCAUUGACACCAAUAAGUGUCAUGGAUGGUGAAAAAGUCACCUUCAGUUGCGUCGUGACGGGCAAACCCACACCAAAAGUCCAGUGGUACCACAACGACCAACCCGUCAAAGAAGCCAAAGACGUUGUUAUAUCCCAAACCAGCGAAGGAGUUUGCCAAUUGGCCAUUUCCGAAGUCUUUCCCGAAAAUGCCGGGAUUUACACUUGUAGAGCGGUCAAUAAAGUUGGCGAAGCCAUCUGCAAGUCAUCUCUCAUUGUUGAAGCUUAUGAGUACGUCCCUGAUUCGGAAAUUGGCCACUUCACCGGCUCCGAGGAAGACCUCCUCGCCGACAGAACCAUCAGUGAAGGCCCUCUUUCAGAUAGCGACACGGAAUGUGCCCCCAAAAUCAUCAAAAAACUCCCACAAGUUGUAUCGACCAAGGACGGCGACGUGACCCGACUCGAGGUCAAAGCGGUUGGAAAACCCAAGCCUGAGGGCAAAUGGUUGAAGCAAGGAACCGAAAUUACUCCAUCACCCGAGUUCCUCAUUGAAAAUUUCGAAGAUGGUACUUCCAUCCUCACAAUUUCAGAAGUGUACCCGGACGACACCGGCGAUAUCGUCUACGAGGCCCAAAACCCGCUCGGGGUUGCAGUCACAACCACACAAUUACUUGUAGAAAGCACUGAAGGUAUCUUGGGUACUAAGGAGUACCGUAAACCCGAAUGGGUGACCCACAUGGAGGAGCUUCAAGCUGCUUUGAAAGCUUCUCAAAGCCCACCAACUUUCAUACAAGAAAUCACAGACGUCCGGACUUCCGAAACUGAAACUAUCAAGUUCGAGUGCCUAUUUUCGGGAACCCCAACUCCAGAUAUCAUUUGGUACCACAAUGAUAAAAUCGUGCGAAACACUGACAAAGUCAAGGUCCGUAUCGAAGACAACAAGACUUCCUGCACCAUCACGGAAGUGGUCAAGGAACACGAAGGUACUUACGUGUGUAAAGCAGUCAGCGAUGUUGGUUUGGCCGUCACCAAGGCCAAACUCUACGUCAAGGAAGUACCAGAAGAGAAGAAGAAGGAACUCCUAAUCAAGAAAGCCCAAGAACGUGAAGAAAAAGUGAAGAAAGAACGAGUGACAAUCGAGAAGAAACGCGACGAACGACGUCGCAAGAAAGUCGUGGAGACUCGGGAAGAAGAGACCAAGCCUUUGGAAGUGAGUGAGGUUACCACGAUUGAAACCACCGAACAAAUACAAGUCAAAGAACCCAAACCUGAAACUGCAACUCCCAAACUUGACAUCCAGAAACCACUCAAGACAGAAGCUGUUGCUUCAUGCAAGAAAAUUGAUGAUACGAGUGAAGUAGUGAUUGAAGAAGAGAAGGCUAAAGCCUUGUUGUCGCCAACUGAACCAAUGGUGUCUGAACUGAUCCAACCUGGGGAAACGGUCAAGGACAUUACCGAAACUAGACCCAGGACACGAAGAGCCCGAACUGAAGUCGAGGAAGCAAUCGCCGAAUUUGCCAACGUUACUGAAGUUAAGUUGGAAGAAGUGAUUGAACGUGUGGAGAAAAUCAUCAGAAAGAGCGAGAUGAAGAUGGCGAAGGAAGUCACCGAAAUGUUGGACUUUAUCAAUGUCAAACAGUUCGGGCCUGGGGAGCAUCCUCUCAGAGAAAUUGCCGAAAUUGGGUACUUGCUGAAAAAUGGUAUUACAACAAAGGAAGUUACGGUUUUGUACCACGAAAACAAAUUUCCUUCCUUGACUAGUCCUCACGCACAGUCGGCGUUGGUCAAUGUGGUCGAAAGGAAGGGUCAUGGUGCCCUUAUUUCGGAAGUUUUGACCGAAGAAACGACAAUUGAUGAGAAGCAAUUGGCCGCAACUGUUGGAUUUAGGGCCCUUAUGAAGAUGGUCGAGUCGAAUUACGUUACUAUUGAAGAAGUCAUCACUAGUUUCACUCCAGAGGAUUUCAUCCAAAGGGCUUGGGAGUCGUCGGAAGUAACAGAAUCUGUCACCAAGUCAUCUUUCAAGGAAAUGGUCACAAUUAAGGAAGAAGUUGAAGUAUUCGAAGACACAACGAAAGUCGUUAAGAAAAAGGGUAAAAAAGAAACUGAUGAAGUUGAAAUCGUUGAAAUUGAAGCAGAACGCAGCAUCAAAGGCACCAAACAACAACACACUGAAUCGCCCGUUAAACAACCAGAACUUGAGUCCGGUGCGCCUUGGCGCAGGAAAAAAGAGCAAAAAGUUGAGGUCAAACAACACAAAGAAAUCGAAAUUGAGGAAGAGGUGGAGGAAGAAGCGGAAAAAGCAAUUAAGGGUCGUAAAAUCAAAGCGCAUAGGCCCAAAGUGGGCGAGUAUGACAUGGACGAGGAGGAAUGCGAUGAAAUUGUUCCUUUUGAUGCCAACACACAACAGCAAAUUCCUUUACACACUUCAGCAGUCUAUUCAGAAACGACCCCUCUAGGUCUAGUUGCGCAAAUUAAACCUGGAGACGUGGUCGAAUCUAAAGCUAGUGUCGAUCUUUUGACACAUUCGGCAGUUACGGAGCAACACAUUCACGCCGAAGAGAAGGAAAUCAUAGGAGAGAAAGUCACUUCAGCUAGUUACGUUGCUAGAAAGUCAAUUGAUACACGUGAGGCUUAUGAAGUGAGCGAACAAGACGUGCAAAGCCUUCCUGGCACUUUUGAUGGUACCUUCCAACCAACUUUAUCAACAGCUUUCCCUAACUUCAUCUCAAAUGAAAGUAUCUCAGUCCAAGAAGUGCAGCUUGGAGACACCUCCUCGACUAUCACUAGAGAAGACACCAAAGAAUUCAAAGCUGACUUCUCCCUACUUCCUCAAGAAGCCAAAGGCGUAUCCGAAGUCGAAGUUUCCCAAAAAGAACAAAGUUUGGACGAAUUCACAAUCCCCAGACCCAGCCAGGCUACUGGUACUUUCACAACGAAAGAAAGCCUCAACAUUGAAGAAAUCUUCCACGGGGUCAGCGAAUCUGAUCUUGACGUAACCAAACCAGCGACUGUCAAAGGCAAAGUCAGCAUUGACACCAAAGAAUCGAUCAUCGUUGAAGAAAUUGAAACCGAAACCAAACCCGGAAAACACCUCCCGGAAGCUUUCGUCCCGACUGAAAUUGCCACACUUGGAGUCAUUCCUCAAAAAUCACUAACUCAGUCACAAAUGGUGGCCCCAGAAACUGAAGGUGAGUACGUCCCUGGACGGCUACCUCCAAGCCAAAAGGCGGAUUUCAAAGUCACCACAGGGGAAAGUGUUAUUGUUUCGCAAACUUUGCCCCAAGACAAGGAAAAUGUCUUUAGUAAAGCUCCAAGUCCUGAAAAAGCUUCAGCUACGGAAGACUUGAUCCUUUCGGAAGGAGUCAAAGUGAGUGUAACCGACUCCCAAAUGCCCCAAAAGGAUAUGGAAGAGGAUUUGGUACCGAAGGAAGUAGCAAGUGUUGAAAUUUUGCCCAAAGAAACGUUCUCGACUCAAACUACUCUCGCUGUUGAGAGUGAAGGUCGGUACGAAGUCGGGGAUAAACCUAACUAUAAAACAGCCGAUAGUUCGGUGAUUUGUCACGAAGUGACCGAUGUUUCGAUCGUGACGGCUCAAGAGAGCGAAAAUGUGCUAGAUUUAGGGGAAAAACCGACUGAGUUACUUGCUGAAACUUCAGUACGGCCUGUGGAAUCCUUGACGGUUUCGGAAAUUCACACUACUGAUGUUCCCGAUGAUUUCACAGAUUAUCCCAAAUUUAAGACUGAUACUGCUGUUAGAGACAUAGAAACACUUGAAGCAACUCACAUUACGGAAACAAAUAUCAAUGAACGGGAAUCGUCCUAUAUUGAGGAUAAACCCGAGUUAAAAACAGCCGAAAGUAACUUUACGCGACCCCAAGACCAGGUGGAAGUCACUGAACUGAAUUAUAUGGAAAGUGAGAAGAGUCUCAAAACUUUUGAAAUGCCCGAAAGUCACAAAAGUAAAGCCAUUACAAGCCAUACUCUCCCCACCGGUGUCAUUGAAGAAGUCAAUCCUGAGUACAGUGCAAGCAAUCUUGACGAAACAGGUAUCAAGCCAAGCCAAGCCGACUUUACCCAAACUCCUCACACUGAAACCAUCAUUUCGCAAGCGAUAAUCGGUGAAACUUUCCAAGACCAGGAUUAUGUAACUCCUGAGGGAAAGCAAGCCGCCCUUAUUGUCUCACCUAACGAAAGUUUGAACAUUUCCGAAGUCUAUACUGACGAUAAAGAAAGGGAAUACGUCCCUGGUGAAAAACCAGCGAUCCAACAAGCGACUCUAGACAUUGACACUCAAAAAGUCGCCAGUAAAACCAUCGUCCAGCCUGAUGAUUCGGCCCAAAGGCUCGAAACGUUGCAACCGUCGACUGUGGUUGCGGAAACAGAGCAAGACACACUUGAAAGUGUUCAAAUAACGCAGUGUCAAGCGGCGGAGAAGGAAGUGGACGAGGUGAAGAAAAUCGAGUUUGAGACCAAACAAGUGGCUGUUGAUUUGACUGAAGCCCGACAAGGGCCGAAUGUUACACAAGUUAUUACAAAUGAGAGGGAAGAGGAGUACCAGGCGCAGCCUCAACCCCAACACGGAUUGGCCCUCCCGAAUAUUACACCACAAGAAGUGAUUGUCAAGUCGGAAAUUGAGACAGUGGUACAUGCUGAUGAGAUACAAGAAGAGGAGGUACCGACUGGCAAAGCCAAAAAAUAUGCAAAACCUUUACAGGAGUUGAUAGUCACUGAGACUAACGUUGUUGAUAUUGAAAAAGAUCUACCAAAGGAUAUAAUGCCGUUCAAAAAGUCGGCAAAUGUUGAUAUAAUCCCAGGUCAGCAGUUGUCAGUCACUGAAGUGGUGACGGAUCACAAGGAACAACCUUUGGAGGUUUUGAAACCGACAGAAUCCCAGGCUAACAUCGACGUGACUGAAUCACAAGUUGCCCUCAAGGAAGAGGUAACUCCUGAGAUAAGUCCUGGAGAUUUCUCUCGAGUAUCCCCUGAGAAACAACUAGCAAAAGCGGCCCAAGAUAUCUCACAUCCUUUGGUCCAGACACAGUUCACUCCAGGUGAGAAAGAAGGCCAACAACCGGCUGAUGUCAAACCGGACCAAAAGCAAGUCACUGUUGAAUUCCUUGAAACCGAAAGUUUGAACGUUACUGAAGUCACUACAGACGACAAGGAGAAGGCCUUAGAAGAAAUGACUAAACCUGAAGUUGCACAUGGCGAACAAUCGAUUUCUUCACACGUUAUAGCCACUAAAACGGAGGUCCAACCUGACCACACCAUCGACCAAUUGACACAACUUGAAGUCGCCACAAAACAAGCAACUUGUGACCGCUCCUUGCUUGAAAGCGUAAUCACUGGCGAAGUGAUGAUCCAGGAAAAAGAAUCAGAUUUUGCCCAAACUAAGCUUGAUUUGAAAUCAGCAGCGGAGGAUUACACCCUUGGAGAAGGUGUUUCCGUGACUAGUGUCACUACCGCAGAUAAGGAAAAAGAUUUUAAGGAGAAAGAGCGCGAGUUUGAGACCGCAGCUCCCAUUUUGUUGCCUCAAGACGUGGUCCAGGUUGGUGAAACAAUCCCAGGUGAUACCCUCGGGGAUUAUGAUCGUUCCUCACCCACUAGAGCUACAGCACUUAAGACCCAAUCAGAACUCCAAAGUAUCAUCAAUUUGGAGGCUGUGAUCGGAGAAUCAGAAGGAGAAUUCACCAAAGACACAAAACCGGAGCAAAAAACAGCAGGUGUUGAAUUCGAGGAAGCCAAAGCGGCCCUAGUUUCGGAAACUUUGACUGUUGACAAGGAAAAAAUGUAUGAACAAGGCGAAGUCGCAGCUUCUGGUCAAGCUUCACUAAGUUUCGACGUGCAACCGGUUGCGGAAACUAACAUUGUAGUUGCGGAAAACAUCACCAAAGACGUGGUUGAAGUACUGCCCCUUUCAGCUAAGGCAAACAUCGACCAAACAACUUUAGAGAGUGUUAUUCAGUCCCAAUCACUGGUUCAAGACAGUGAAACUCCCUUUGACCGAACGCCCCUUGAUUUAAAAACCGCAAAUGUGGCGUUUAGGGAAGACACAGGAGUUGUAAUCACCCAAACUGAGAGUAACGAAAGUGAGACAAUACUCAAACCUGGGGAAAAACCCGAAGGAAAACACGCAGCUCCUGGUCUCGAGACCCUAGAAUUAGUGGUUAAGACUGAAACCGGAGUCAAUGAAAGCUUCAAAGAUUUGGAAGUCCAAAAACCGGAAACGGUUUCCGCCCAAUCGGAAUUUUCAGCAUUCAAGACAGCUGUUAACCUUGAAACAAUCCCCACGGAAUCAGACACACCACUUGAAAUUACCAAAACUGAAACUAGAAAUGUUGUAGUUUCGGUCAACGAAGGCCAAAGCGUGAUUGUCGAAACAGUUGUGACUAAUGAAGCUGAAAAAGAAUUUGUGAAUGAAACGACUGAAACGAAAACUGCGGAAACAAGUUUCGCUGACAUGAAAGCCGUUGCUGCAACGUUCCAAACACAGGCUGAUUUGAGUACUGGGGAUUUGAAACCUGAAAUUAGGGACACAACGACUGCAAUUUCGGAAACUAUCCCUUACAAUAUUGUUAGUCAAACUGAACAAGUCGUUAUUGAUAAAGAGGAAACGUUUGAAAAAGGGGCUAAGCCGAGUGGGGUUAUCGCCAGUGUUAAUGUUGAACCGGUUGAAGGAAUUUCCAUUUCUGAGGCUACUUUAGGGGUCAAGGAAGACACUUUUGUCCCUCUUGCCCUACCAUCGGAAAAAGUCGCCGUUAAAAGCAUCGAUGUGACUCAUAAAGUCGCUGAACAGUCAACAGUAGACUCGAGUGCUGAUAUCGGAAAGUUUGAAAGUACCAAGCCUGAGACUCAGCGAGCUUCUGAGAACGAGGAAGCUCUUGCUAGUUUGAUUGUGAGUGAAAGUGUGACUGAGGAACGAGAAUCCGAUUUUGAGGGCAAAUUUAAACCAGCCACCAGUAAAGUUAACGUAUCUCUAGAAGAAGGGAAGAAAGUUGUUGAAAUUACCGAGUCGGUGACUCAGGAUAAGGAAGGUUUAGUAAAAGAUUUCGAUUUGCCCAAAAGCCAGAAAGCUACAACUGGGUAUGACGCUAAGUUCGUCCCUGAGCAAAGCGAAGUUCAAUCAGAAAGUGUCCCUGGUGAGUUGGUACAAGAAGUACCAUCAAAAUCGACUGCCUCUAUUAAACACACGACUCACGAAGAGAUCAUCCAAACGGUACCACUAGUCCAAGAAAAGGAGCAAAGCUUUGACCAGAAGCCAGAUUUCGUGUCCAAAAAAGCCGAAAUUGAAUUCGAAGAAAGCAAAAUAACAUCAACUUCUGAAAUCGUCCCUGCUGAAAGGGAAAGUUUGUUAGAGGAGCAACGAAAACCAGAAACUACAAGUGCUAGUAUCGAUGUCAUCAGCAAUAUUUCUAUGACAAGUUCAGAGGUUUUAACCAGUAUGCAAGUUGGUGAUUUUGUUCCUGAGAAACCAGGAACAGCGGCUGCUGUUCCUGAGCAAAACGUUUUGCAAAGUUUGACUCAAGCUGUGACUGAUGUUAUGGACACUUUCGGACAAUUUGAAGGCACUUUCAAACCCACGACUAAGAAAGCUGAGACCAAGGUCGAUGUUUUGAGCGAGAUUACCACGAGUGAAACGUACACUGAAGCACAAACAGAAGAAUUUACCAAAUUUGAGGCCAAGACUGAGAAAGCCGUGGCCGAAUAUGAUGCCACAAGAAAACCGCUUCAAGCUUCGGAAGUACUUGUUAGUGAAAAUGUUGGUGAUUUUCAAGCAGAAACCAAAGAACCAGCCGUUGGAAGUGUGACUCAGGGAGUACUCGAAGGGGUGAUUUUAUCGGAAAAUAUUGUACACGAAGCUAAGAAAGACUUCGAUAAAGUACCCGACUUUGACACCAAGAAAGCAAAACAAGUUAUUGAUGAGAAAUCGUCAAUAAGCAUUACAGAUGUCACUACGCAAGAAAAAGAAAGGGAAUUAGUGAGUGACUUCACCAAAGAAGAGAAAUUCGGAAUUUCCAACAUUACGUCAGACUUAACAACUAGUUCCAAGUCAGAAGUACUGCUCCAUGAACACAUCGGAAAACUCAAAACUGAGAAACCAAGCACUGAAACGGCAGAAAUCAGCGAAAGUACGUUACAAAGUCUCAUAAUUUCCGAACGAACUGUCCAAGAGACUGAAGUACCGUUCGACAAAAUACCCGUGGAGGGCAAAAAGGGUGACUUGACAAUAAUCCCGCAAACUCCAGUCUCAAUUACUGAAAUCACGGCAACUGACAAAGAAACCGAAUUUGAAAAAACAGCAAGUUUCAAAACUAGCACAGCUGAAAAAUCGAUCAGUCUUCAGGAAGUACCCCAAAUAGAAGAAACUACAGUCCAAGAAGCUUUAACAACUUUAUCAACUGAAACACCCGACAAAAGCCAAGCGCUACAAGAGCAUGUCCCUCACAGCACCGUCACUAUUACUGAAAUCACCUCAAGUGAAAAAGAAGGCGAUUUCACACGUCUUCAAAAACCGGCUACUCAGAUUGCAGCCUUUGAAUUGGAGGACACCAGGAGUACUGCUGCCACAGCCCAGGUUGUGACUGAAGAAAAGGAAGAAAUAUUUGAAGGGACUUUCAAAUUUAAGACUUCGAAGGCCGACAAGAGUGUUAGUUCACAGGAGGCUCCUUUGAUUGAAGAAGUCACAACAGAGGAAGAUGUAGGGAAGCUGAGGACUGACAUUCCUGAUAAGGAACAAGCUCUUCAAGAACACAUUCCUCACAAAACGGUUAGUAUAACUGAGAUAACUUCAACGGAGAAGGAGAGUGACUUCAAACCUGGUGAUAAGCCAAUAACACAAUCUGCUGAACUGGAAUUAGAAGAAACACGAAGGACGGCAUCAACUGCUCAAGUUUUAACUCAGGAAAAAGAAGUUACGUUUGAAGGAACUGUUAAAUUUAAGACUUCGAAAGCCGACAAAACGAUAACACCUCAGGAAGCUCCAGUUAUCGAAGAAGUGAGAACAACUCAAGAUACAGGAGAACUGAAAACUGAAAUUCCAGAAAAAGGGGAAGCUUUGCAAGAGCACGUCCCGCACACUAGUGUCAGCAUUACAGAAGUAACUUCAACUGAAAAAGAAAGUGGUUAUAAACCGGGAGAUAAACCCACAACGCAAUUGGCUGAAUUGGAGUUAGAAGAGACACGAAAAACAGCUUCAACUGCUCAGGUGAUUGUCCAAGAGAAAGAAAGCGUUUUCGAAGACAAAAUUUCAUUCAAAACUAGCAAAGCCGAAAAAACCAUCAUACCACAGGAAGCUUUAGUGAUCGAAGGAGUGACUUCAGUUGGAGAUAUGCCCAAGUUUGAAAUCAAAGCACCUGAGCAAGAACACGCGUCUCAGGAACAUAUUCCUCACUCUACUGUGAGCAUAACUGAGGUAACUUCCACCGAAAAGGAGAAGGAUUUCAAACCGGGGGAUAAACCAGUGACACAACUCGCUGAAUUGGAGUUGGAAAAAACCAGAAAGACUGCUUCAACAACUCAGGUUAUUACGCAAGAAAAAGAAGAAACGUUUGAGGAAAGUUUAGUCAAAACUACAACUGCUGAUAAGACAGUGAGUCCUCAGGAGGCUCCCCAGAUUGAGGAGACUCGAACUGAGGAAGGCUUAGGGCCAUUGACCACAGAAGUACCUGAUAAAGGAGAAGCUCUAUCAGAACAUGUGCCUCACUCGACUUUGAGUAUCACUGAAGUGACUUUGACCGAAAAAGAAGGUACUUUUAAGCCUGGUGACAAACCAGUGACUCAAUUAGCUGGUCUAGAGUUGGAAAAAACGCGCAAAACGGCUUCGACUGCUGAAGUUGUGACUCAGGAGAAGGAGAGUACUUUUGAGGAGACUUCUCCCAAGUCCUCCAAAGCCGACAAGACUGUAAGUCCUCAAGAGGCACCUCAAGUUGAGGAAACAACCGUUCAAGAAGGUUUAAGUAAAUUUAAACCAGAAGUGCCUUCAAAACAACUAGCUGAGCUUGAUUUACAAGAAAGCAGAAAGAUUGGUCAGAAGAGUCUUGUCAAAACUUUUGAAUCUUUUGAGGAGUUUACUGAGACAGUUCAAAAGACCCGACGUGCUUCACAGGCGACUAUUCCUCUAGAAGGAGUAGUACAAAGCGAAGUCACGGUACAGGGUACUACUGAGAAAAUUCAGAAAGAAGAAACUAGCUUCAAAACUGCUAGUGUUGAUAUUUUGCUCAAGGAAGGUCUAACUGUCACUGAAGUUAACGUUCAGGGACAGUUAGGUAAAGAGAUUACUGAAGGACUUGCCAAAGAGUCAACAGCGCAGGAAGAAAUCGUCCACCGACCCGUUUCAGUGAAAGAAGAAACGGUUCUUCUCCAAACAAGUGAUGUUUUUACGACUGAGAAACCUAAACUAACCAAAGCUCAGAGCGAUUUGACCGAAAAGCACGGACUCAUAGUUACUGAGAUGAAAACAACGGGCGAUUUGGAAUCAAUAGACGUGGAAAAAGCAUCUUCAAAGACGGUUAAAGUAGUUUUGGAGGAUGUCGCGAGUUUGGAAAUUAGCGAAGUUCAGUUACAGGAGAAAGAAGGUCCGUUGGAUGAAACAGAACCACACAAAACACGAGCCAGAGUUACACAAACCACAACUCUAACCCAAAAAGCAGAGCAACACACAUCAAUAAUCCAAAAAGAUGACACACCUCAGCUCCAUACAGAGGAAACACAUGAAAUUAUUACCAAAUUUAAAUCUGUACCAGAUAGCGAUGAAACCACUCAAAUUAUUACUAAAAAAACUAUUAUCAAAAAGCGCGAUAAGAAAGCGGAGGAAGGUGAUGUUAUCAUUGAAGAAGUUUUGGAUGAAAUUACUCCAGAAACAGAAAAAGCUAAACAAAGUCCUCAGAUUGAAGAAAUAGUGGAAGAAGAGGUGAAACCCGAAAUAGUCGAAGACACCGAGACAAAGACUGUAAAGAUUCAAAAGAAAAUCAAGAAGAAGAAAGUCAUUGAAGAUACACAAGUCGUAGAAGAAGUAAAACCGAUCAUUCAAGAGCUACCAGAAGAGGUACAAGAAGUCGAAGAAGAAGUGGACGGUAAGGUUACUAAGAAAAUAAUCAAACGAAGAAAGAUCAGAAAGCGCAAAGGCAGUAAACAGGAAGAUACUGAAAUAGUAACUGUAGAACAAGAAGGUCAAAAACCUGAAACAACUGUCACGAUUGAAGAAAUCGAAGUGCCUAAAGAAAUAGAAGAAAUACCAGAAUUUAAGCCUGAAGUAGCACAAAUUGAAGAAACACCCACUGAAACACAAAUUCUAAAGACUACAACUCAAGAUGGUAAAACCAAAACCAAAAUCGUGAAACGAAAAGUUUUCAAAAAACGUAAAGAUGGAAAACAGGAAAAUACUGAAAUUGUUACGGUUGAGGAAGAAGGUCAAGAACCUAUCACUACAGUUUCAGUUGAAGAAUUACCAGCUGUUGAAGAAAUAAAACCAGAAGUUGUGGAAGAACUACCAACUGAAGUUCAUGUAACGGAAAGUGUGACUGAAGAAGGCAAGGCGAAGAAAACAAUCGUAAAGAAAAUCAGACGUCGCAAAGGUGACAAGGAAGAAAAAACUGAAAUUGUAACAGUAGAAGAAGAAGGGAAGAAGCCGGAAACUACUGUUUUAGUUGAAGAAAUUGAAGCACCUCAAGAACCUGAAGUGAAAGAGAAACGCAAAAAGAAGAUAAUCAAGAAGAUUAAACGACGAGUUGGUGAUAAAGAAGUUGUUGAAACUGUUGAAGAGGAAAAACCUGAAAUUGAAGAAAUACCGGAAUUACAGCCUGAGAAAGUGUCAACUGAAACCGAAGUGGUUGAAAGUGUGACUGAAGAAGGCAAAUCAGUUAAAACCACAAUUAAAAAGAUCAAAAAACGCAAAGGCAAAAAAGAAGAACGGACUGAAAUUGUCACUGUUGAAGAAGAAGGUAAAAAGCCUCAAACCUCAGUUACUGUUGAAGAAGUUAUAGUACCUGAAGAAAUUGAAGAAUUGCCUGAAUUUAAACCUGAAGAAAAAGUUUCCACUGAGACUUAUGUUACGGAAACAAUUACCGAAAAAGGUGUACCUAGAAAGACAAUAGUUAAGAAAAUUAAAAAACGCAAGGGACGUAAAGAAGAACAAACUGAAAUUGUGACCGUAGAAGAAGAAGGUAAGAAACCGGAAACCAAAGUAGCGGUUAAGGAAAUUGAAAUACCGGAAGAAGAAAUAGAAGAAAUUCCUGAAUUUAAACCGGAAAGGGUUUCAACCGAAACAGAAGUUGUAGAAACUCUGACUAAAGAGGGUAAACCGAAGAAAACUAUAAUAAAGAAGAUUAGAAAACGGACAGGCGGAAAAGAAGAAAAAACUGAAAUUGUUACUGUGGAGGAGGAAGGCAAGAAACCUGAAACAACUGUUACGGUUGAAGAAAUUCCCUUCGAAGAAGCAUUGGAGGAAAUACCGGAAUUAAAACCUGAAAAGGUCUCAACUGAAACUUAUGUUACCGAAUCAAUAACUGAAGAAGGAAAACAGAAGAAGACAAUCGUAAAGAAAAUUAAAAAACGCAAAGGGGCUAAAGAAGAACAAACAGAAAUUGUAACUGUCGAAGAAGAAGGGAAAGAACCCGCAACAACUGUUACAAUUGAAGAGAUUCCGUUGCAGGAAGCAGAAGUUUUUGAGCUUCAACCAGAGAAAGUUUCUACGGAAACUGAGGUUAUUGAAACUGUUACCAAAGAAGGUAAACCUAAGAAAACUAUAAUAAAGAAAAUCAAGAAACGCAAAGGAGGUAAAGAAGAGCAAACCCAGAUUGUAACUGUGGAAGAGGAAGGUAAAAAACCUGAAACUACUGUUACAGUUGAAGAAAUUCCAGUAGAAGAAGCACAUGAAGAGAUUCCGGAAUUUAAACCUGAAAAAGUGUCCACGGAAACUCACGUAACUGAAUCGGUUACUGAAGAAGGUAAAACAAAGAAAACUAUAGUUAAGAAAAUCAAGAAGCGUAAAGGUGGAAAAGAGGAACAAACACAGAUCGUAACUGUGGAAGAAGAAGGCAAAAAGCCUGAAACGACAGUUACAGUUGAGGAAAUUCCUGUUGAAGAAGCUGUUGCAGAAAUUCCUGAGUUUAAACCUGAAAAGAUUUCGACGGAAACUGAAGUCAUUGAAACCGUUACGAAAGAAGGUAAACCUAAAAAGACCAUAAUUAAGAAAAUUAAAAAAAGGAAAGGUGGAAAGGAAGAACAAACUCAGAUCGUAACAGUUGAAGAAGAAGGUAAGAAACCUGAAACAACAGUUACUGUAGAGGAGGUUCCUGUACAAGAAACAACUGAAGAAUUACCUGAAUUUAAGCCUGAACAAGUUUCCACUGAGACUUUUGUUACUGAAUCAGUUACCGAACAAGGUAAGGCAAAGAAGACUAUAGUAAAGAAAAUCAAGAAACGCAAAGGAGGAAAAGAGGAGAAGACAGAAAUUGUAACAGUUGAAGAAGAAGGUAAAAAGCCUGAAACUACAGUUACAGUUGAGGAAAUUCCUAUUGAAGAAGCUCUUGAAGAGAUUCCUGAAUUCAAACCGGAAAAAGUGUCAACUGAGACUGAAGUAAUUGAAACUGUUACGAAAGAAGGUAAACCGAAAAAGACCAUAAUUAAAAAGAUUAAGAAACGUAAAGAAGGAAAAGAAGAACAAACUAAAAUUGUAACAGUUGAAGAGGAAGGCAAAAAGCCGGAAACCACAGUUACAGUUGAAGAAAUUCCAUUCCAAGAAGCAACUGAAGAAAUAAUACCUGAAAGGAUAUCUACUGAAACAGAAGUCAUUGAAACAGUUACCAAAGAAGGUAAACCUAAGAAAACAAUAAUAAAGAGAAUUAAAAAACGUAAAGGUGACAAAGAAGAACAAACAAAAGUUGUAACUGUAGAAGAAGAAGGUAAAAAACCGGAAACUACUGUAACUGUUGAAAAAAUUCCAUUCCAAGAAGCAACUGAGGAGAUAAUACCUGAAAGGAUUUCCACUGAAACCGAAGUCAUUGAAACAGUUACAAAGGAAGGUAAACCUAAGAAAACAAUAAUAAAGAAAAUUAAAAAACGUAAAGGUGACAAAGAAGAACAAACAAAAGUUGUAACUGUAGAAGAAGAAGGCAAAAAGCCGGAAACUACAGUUACUGUUGAAGAAAUUCCAUUCCAAGAAGCAACUGAAGAAAUAUUACCUGAAAAAAUAUCUACAGAAACUGAAGUUAUUGAAACAAUUACCAAGGAAGGUAAACCUAAGAAAACAAUAAUCAAGAAAAUCAAAAAACGUAAGGGAGGUAAAGAAGAACAAACUCAAAUUGUAACAGUUGAAGAGGCAGGUAAAAAACCUGAAACGACAGUAACAGUUGAAGAGAUUCCGAUUGAGGAAGGAAUUGAAGAAAUUCCUGAAUUUAAACCUGAAAAGAUCUCGACAGAAACCGAAGUCAUUGAAACUGUUACCAAAGAAGGUAAACCUAAAAAGACCAUUAUUAAGAAAAUUAAGAAAAGAAAAGGUGCAAAGGAAGAACAAACUAAAAUCGUAACAGUUGAAGAGGAAGGUAAGAAACCUGAAACGACAGUUACUGUAGAGGAGAUUCCUGUUCAGGAAAUAACAGAAGAAUUACCUGAAUUUAAGCCUGAACAAGUUUCUACUGAGACUUUUGUUACUGAAUCAGUUACUGAAGAAGGAAAACCAAAGAAAACUAUAGUAAAGAAAAUUAAGAAACGUAAAGGAGGAAAAGAGGAAAAAACUGAAAUCGUAACUGUUGAAGAAGAAGGUAAAAAGCCUGAAACAACUGUUACUGUAGAAGAAGUUCCAAUUAUUGAAGAGAUACCAGAAAAGAUUUCCACAGAAACUGAAGUCAUUGAAACAGUUACCAAAGAAGGUAAGCCCAAAAAGACCAUUAUAAAGAAGAUUAAGAAACGCAAGGGUGGUAAAGAAGAGCAAACGCAGAUUGUAACGGUUGAGGAAGAAGGUAAAAAGCCAGUAAGCACAGUCACUGUAGAAGAAAUUCCAGUUCAAGAAGCAAUUGAAGAAAUACCUGAAUUCAAACCAGAAAAAGUUUCGACAGAGACUGAAGUUAUAGAAACUGUUACAAAAGAUGGUAAACCUAAGAAAACCAUAAUUAAGAAAAUUAAAAAACGUAAAGGUGGAAAAGAAGAACAGACACAAAUCGUGACUGUUGAAGAAGAAGGCAAAAAGCCUGAGACCACAGUCACAGUUGAGGAAAUUCCAGUUGAGGAAGCUGUUGAAGAAAUACCGGAAUUCCAACCUGAAACAGUUUCUACUGAAACACACAUAAGCGAGACUAUAACUGAAGAGGGUAAACCUAAGAAAACAAUUGUAAAGAAAAUUAAGAAACGUAAAGGUGGUAAAGAAGAACAAACACAAAUCGUCACUGUUGAAGAAGAAGGUAAAAAGCCUGAAACCACAGUUACAGUGGAAGAAAUUAGUGUACCAGAAACUGUAGAGGAACUUCCUAAAAAACCAAAAGUAAAGAAACCCAAAAAACCUAAAGAAGAAAAAGAAGAACCCGAAAAAAUUCUUUUUGUUCCAACAUUAGCACAGAAAAAGAAAGAGGAAGAUGAGGAUCUUCUUGAAAUGAUUAAAACUGAACUUCUGAAGAAAGCUCUGGCCCAUGAACUUCCUGAAAGGAAACCUGAAGAAGAAACUGUAGAAACUCACGUGACAGAAACUGUUACUGACAAAGGUAAACCUAAGAAAACUAUUGUCAAAAAGAUUAAAAAGCGUAAAGGAGGUAAAGAGGAGCAAACUGAAAUUGUAACAAUUGAGGAAGAAGGCAAAAAACCUGAAACAACAGUUUCUGUCCAAGAAAUCGAUGUUCCUGAAGAAGUUCAAGAAAUACCCGAGCUUAAACCUGAAACUGUUUCUGUCGAAACCUACGUAACGGAAUCUGUGACCGAGACUGGUAAACCUAAAAAGACGGUGGUAAAGAAAAUUAAGAAACGCAAAGGAGGAAAAGAAGAACAAACAGAAAUUGUCACUGUCGAGGAAGAGGGUAAAAAACCUAAGACUACUGUUACAGUAGAAGAAAUCCCGGUCGAAGAAAUUAAACCGGAACAAAUUUCCACAGAAACUGAAGUAAUUGAAACCGUAACUAAAGAGGGUAAACCUAAAAAGACUAUAAUUAAAAAGAUUAAGAAACGCAAAGGUGGAAAAGAGGAACAAACACAAAUUGUGACUGUUGAAGAGCAAGGUAAAAAGCCUGAAACUACAGUUACAGUUGAAGAAAUACCGGUUGAGGAAGGAAUUGAAGAAAUUCCCGAGUUUAAACCGGAGAAGAUAUCUACAGAAACUGAAGUUAUAGAAACUGUUACGAAAGAAGGUAUACCAAAGAAAACUGUGAUCAAGAAGAUUAAGAAAAGGAAAGGUGACAAAGAGGAAGAAACUAAAAUUGUAACGGUUGAAGAAGAAGGUAAAAAGCCGGAAACCACAGUUACAAUAGAGGAAAUUCCGUUCCAAGAAGCAACCGAAGAAAUAAUACCUGAUAAGGUAUCUACUGAAACUGAAGUUAUAGAAACGGUUACCAAAGAAGGUAAACCUAAGAAAACAAUCAUAAAGAAAAUCAAAAAACGUAAAGGUGGAAGAGAAGAACAAACUCAAAUUGUAACUGUUGAGGAAGAAGGCAAAUUACCUGAAACAACUGUUACAAUUGAAGAAGUACCAUUACAUGAAGCAAUAGAAGAAAUUCUUCCUGAAAAAAUAUCUACUGAAACUGAGAUUAUCGAAUCAGUCACCAAAGAAGGAAAGCCGAAGAAAACUAUUGUAAAGAAAAUUAAGAAACGGAAAGGUAGCAAAGAAGAACGUACGGAGAUUGUGACUGUUGAAGAAAAAGGAAAGGUACCUCAAACAACAGUAAGUGUUGAAGAAAUUGAAAUUCCAGAAGAAAUACAAGAACUACCUGAGUAUAAACCUGAAAGUAUAUCUACGGAAACACACGUCACCGAAACAAUAACUGAGGAAGGCAAACCUAGAAAGACAAUAGUUAAGAAGAUCAAAAAACGUAAAGGAGACAAAGAAGAAAAGACAGAAAUUGUAACUGUUGAAGAAGAAGGUAAGAAACCUGAAACAACUGUAACGGUUGAAGAAUAUGAAGCACCCGAAGAAGAACCUACACCUAAAGAACCUAAAAAGAAGGUUAAAAAACUGAAGAAACCAAAGGAGGAAGAACCAAAAAUACUUUUCGUUCCGACGUUAGCAGAAAAGGAAGUAGUGGAAGAAGAAGAGGUGAUAGAAAUGAUUCAGACUGAACUAUUGAAGAAAGCGAUAGCUCAUAAAUUACCUGAAAAGAAACCUGAAGAAGAAGUUGUUGAAACGCAUGUUACCCAAACGAUGACAGCCGAAGGCAAACCGAAGAAAACAAUCGUAAAGAAAAUUAAAAAGCGCAAAGGAGAUAAAGAGGAAAAAACUGAAAUAGUAACUGUUGAAGAAGAAGGCAAGAAACCUGAAACAACUGUUACUGUCGAGGAAAUCCCGGUUGAAGAAUUAACUGAAGAAAUUCCUGAGAAAAUUUCUACUGAAACUGAAGUGACUGAAACCAUUACUGAAGAAGGCAAACCUCGAAAAACCGUUGUAAAGAAAAUUAAAAAACGUAAGGGUGGGAAAGAAGAACAAACUCAGAUUGUAACUGUGGAAGAAGAAGGUAAGAAACCUGAGACAACAGUUACAGUAGAGGAAAUUCCUGUAGUUGAAGAAGUUCCAGAAGAACAACCACUAACUACAGAAACAUACGUAACAGAAAGUAUAACCGAAGAAGGCAAACCAAAGAAAACAGUUGUAAAGAAAGUCAAGAAACGUAAAGGCACUAAAGAAGAAACAACAAAAGUCGUGACAGUUGUAGAAGAAGGCAAAAAACCUGAAAGUACAGUUAUAAUUGAGGAGUUAGAAAUUCCUGAGGCUAUAGAAGAACUUCCCGAAUUUAAACCUGAAAGAGUUUCAACAACAACUGAAAUAGUAGAAAGUGUUACUGAAGAAGGCAAAGCGAAGAAAACCAUCGUGAAGAAAAUAAAGAAACGUAAGGGUGGUAAAGAAGAACGAACAGAAAUCGUGACUGUUGAAGAAGAAGGUAAAAAGCCACAGACGACGGUUGCAGUUGAAGAAAUUGAAGUUCCUGAAGAGGUUGAAGAAUUUAAACCGGACAUCAUUGAAGAACUUCCUGCGGAAGUACAGGUUACUGAAACCAUAACUAAGACAGGUAAACCCAAGAAAACCACUAUUCGAAAACUGAAGAGGCGUAAGGGUAGCAAAGAAGAAAGAACCGAAAUUGUAACUGUUGAAGAAGUCGGUAAGAAACCUGAAACAACUGUUACAGUCGAAGAAAUUGAUGUUACCGAAGAAGUGAAAGAAAUUCCGGCAAUUAAACCCGAAGAACCCAAAUACAUUGAAGAAUUACCUGUAGAAGUAUUGGUUACUGAAACUAUAACUAAAGAGGGUAAGCCCAAGAAAUCGACAGUUAAGAAAAUAAAGAGACGCAAAGAUGGUAAAAUUGAAGAAACGAAAGUAACAAAAGUAGAAGAAGAAGGUAAAAGACCUGAAACCACUGUUCUGAUUGAAGAAAUAGAAAUACCGGAGACAAUUGAAGAAAUUCCUGACUUUAAACCGCGAAAAGUCUCUACCGAAAUACGGGUAGUGGAGACAUUAACUAAGGAAGGUGAAAUAACUGAAACCACGAAAGCAGAAAGAGUAACAGAAAUUCAAGAACCAGUGGUUGUGGAAACUGUGGAAACUCAGAAGCCUAUCGAAGGUUACCAGGAAGAAGAAAAAGUGCCAGAAGAAAAGAAGAAAGUUAAGAAACCCAAACUGAAGAAACCUGAAGAAGAGAAGCUUCAUAUUGAAGAACUUCCAGCUGAGGAAGAAACAACAACUGAAAUCACAGAAACUGAAAAGAAAGUCAGGAAACUCAAAAAAGUUAAGACAGAGGAAAUACAGUUCCAGGAAGCACAAGUUGAAGAAGUACCAAUUGUAGAAGAAGUUCCAGAAGAAGACGACACGAAAAAGAAGAAGAAAGUCAUCAAAAAAGUGAAAAUCGAAGAAAAACAUUUCCAAGAAGCAGAGGUUGAAGAAAUUAAAGAGGAACUACCUGAGGAAAAACCUGAAGAAAUCACAACUGUCGUUGAGGAAAAAGUCAAGAGAAAAGUCAAGAAACCCAAACCUGAAGAACCCGCCGUCGAAGAAGAAAAACCUGUCGAAGAAGAGAAAGUGCCAGAAGAAAAGAAGAAGAGAAAAGUUGUUAAGAAAGUUAAGCCAGGUGAAACCCCAGUUGAAGAACCUGUUGCUGAAGAAGAAAAGGUUCCAGAAGAACCUAAAAAGACACGUCUGGUUAAACAAAAAUCAGUUCUUAUGCGUAUUGAACAUGUGGAACAAGAACAACCUAGCAAACCUAAAAUUGUACCGAUUAAAGAUCUCCCACAACACUUUGCUGAAGUCAAGCUACGCAAACCCAAGGUUCCUCAGAAGAAAGAUAUUCCGAGCACUAAAGUACCAAAGAUGAGGUUGAAGAGUCGUAUUACUCAUACGGAAUUUCCUCCAGAAACAGAAAAAGAACAAAUUCCGAUUAUCAAAGAACUGGAACCAGUCUAUAGAGAUAAUGGUGUUCUUUCUAGAAAUUUGAAGGAAGCUGAAGCUGCUCCUAAGACUAAACGUCGAAGAAUGAAGAACUUUGACAAGGAAUUUAAAGAUUUGGAAAAAUUAGAUCUUGAAAUGGAUGAAUUGAAGAAAACCGAACUUGAGAAAGUUGACGAACAAUACAAAUUUGAAAAACAACCUAGAAAGAAAUCGGUUUCAAAAGAUGAACCCAAACCUUUGAAGAUUGGUAAGGGCAAAGUCCCAAAACCAGAAGAAGAAGAAGAACAAAUUAAACUAAAAAAAGUGCCGGAAAAAAUAGUUGAAGAACAGCUUCAACCUGAGAAGAAACCGAAAAAGAUUGUCGAAGAAGAAAAACCGAAGAAACCGGAAAAGCCUGAAGAAGAAGAUGAACGUAUUAAAUUCAAACCGUAUGAUAUUGACAGAGAGGAACCUGAGAAAAUAGAGAAAGAAACCUUUGAGCUUGAAAAACCAGAAAAAGAAAAACCUGAAAAGAAGAAAGUUAAAGUUCCGAAAGAAAAGAAAGCAAAACCGGAACCAGAAGUGGAGGAAAUUACUUUGAAAAAAGGUAUUCCAAAACCGAAACCAGAAGAGCAAGAAGAAGAUGUUUCAUUUAAAGCUAAACAAAAGCCUAAACCUGAAGAACAGCCGGAAGAAAUUAAACUUAAACCUUUCAAGAAACCUGAAGAACCUGAGUCGUUGCAAAAAGUUGAAAAAGAUUUACCGGUGAAGUUAGAUGCAGUUCCUUCCCAUGACUUUGAAAAGGAUGAAAUUGAAUUUAAACCACCUGAAGAUAAGGAAAAAGAGAAGGUUCCAAAGAAAAAGAAGAUUAUUGUAAAGAAACCAAAACGGAAAGUUGAGGAGCCUGGAGUUGAACAACCAGAAGAAGAGGAACCUGUGGUAGAGGAAGUCCCAGAAGUUGAAGAAAAGGUGCCAGAAAUUCCAGAAGUGGUAGAAGAAAAGGAAGAAGUUCAACCGGUAGAGGAACCAAUCCCGGAAAAGCCAGUUGAAGAAGAGAAACCAGCCGAGGAGGAAAAGCGUAAAAAGAUUGUAAAAAUAAAGAAGAAGAAAGCUAAGGAAGAAGAAGAAAAACAAGAACAAGUAGAAGAAGUUAAACCUAUCGAAGAACAAAAACCGGAAGUGAAAGAAAAACCAAAACUUAUGAAAAUUGUUAGAAAAUCUCCUCAUGAACCUCAAUUCUCAAAAAUAACAGAACAAGAACAAGCAGUUAACUUCGCUGAAAUAAAAUUACGCAAAACUAAAGUUCCCGAAAAGAAGGAAGUUGAAGCACCCAAAGUUCAAAAACCGAUGUUGAAAAGUAGAAUUACUCCAGUGACUUUCCCUCCGAUAACAGAAAUCUUACAGAAACCGAUAAUUACAAUUUUGGAACCAGUGUACAGAGAAAACGGCGUUUUGUCUAGAAAUGUAGAAGAAGCACAAAAAGUAAAGAGGAAGAAGAAGAAGGUUGUAGAUACAGAAAAACUGAAACAACUAGACUUAGAAGUACAGGAACUGAAGAAAGUUGAUCUUGAAAAGGUAGAUGACGAAUUCAAAAAGAGACCAGAGCCACGAAGAAAGGAAAAACCACAACCAAUUGUUAUUGAAAAGGCUUCAAUCCCACCCCUGCAACACAUUAAAAUCAAAGAACCUGAAUGCAAACCGAUUAACCUUGCUGAUAUCAAAUUAAAGAAACCAAAGGUUCCCAAAAAGGAAGAAGUUAAGGAAAAAGUUCGUAAACCACUACUGAAGAGUAGAAUUGUUCACGUUCCCUUCCCACCGAUCGAAGAGUCUGAGCAGAAACCUAAAAUUACCACCCUUGAGCCGGUUUACAGAGAUAAUGGUGUUAUAUCAAGAAAUGUCGAAGAAGCUAAAAAGAUUAAAAAGAAGAAACCUAUCAAGAUCAAAGAAAGCGACAUUGAUUUAACACAUCUCGAAAAACUUGACUUAGAAAUGGAGGAACUGAAGAAGAAAGAACUGGAAAAAGUUGAUGACCAAUACAAAUACGAAAGGAAACCGAAAGAAAAAGAAGAAAAACCUGAGGAACCGGAAGUCAAGAUUAAAUUAGGCAAAGGUAAAAUGCCAGAAAAACCAGGACCUGAAGAAACGGUUACUCUUAAGAAAGUACCUCAAAAAGCAAAGGAAGAAGACGUUGAAGUUGGAUUAAAGAAACCGAAAGUUACGGAAAAAGAAAAACCGAAACCGGAAAAAGAAGAAAAAGAAGAACCCAAACUUGAACCAUUUAAACCAUAUGAUGUGGACAGAGAGGAACCCGAAAAACUUAAGUACGAACCUCCAGAAAUUGAGGAACCGGUAAAAGAGGAAGAAGAGAAAGAAAAGCCUAAAAGAAUUAAAAAGAAGAAAGAAAAACCAGAACCAGAAACAGUUGAAGUUAAACUUGAAAUGGGCAAACCCAAACCAAAAGAAGAAGAAGAAGUACCUGAAAUAAAAUUGAAAUACAAACAAAAGCCUCCUCCUGAAGAAGCUCCUGAAGAAAUUAAAUUAAAACCAAUUGCAAAGGAAAAACCGGAAGAACCGGUAGAAGUCGUUGCAGUAGUUAAGCCUGAAGGUGGACAAAUACCUAAAGAAAAACCCGUCGAAAUUGAAAAAGAGGUUGUACCAGAAGAAAAAACAGAAAAGAAGGUCAUCAAAAAGGUUAAGAAAGUUAAGAAACCUAAAGAGGAAGUGCCGACCCCUGAAGAACCGGCUGUUAUAGAGGAAGAGGUUCCAAAACCAGUGGAAGAAAUACCAAAGCCUGAAGAAAAGAUUGUCGAAGAGGUGAUACCUAAAGAGGAACCUGAAAUAGAAGAAGAAAAACCUGUAGAAUUUGCAGAAGAGAAACCAAAAGAAGAAGAGGAAACUGAAAUUGAAAAGAUUAAAAAGAUCAGAAAAAUAAUCAAAAAAGUUAAAAAACCAAAAGCUGAAGGCGAGGAAGUGGGUGAAGAAGAACCUCUUAUUGAAGAACCCCAGGAAGAAAUACCUAAACCGAUUGCAGAGGAUAAAAAACCUGAAGAAGUGCCUAAACCAGUUGAACCUAAAGUUGAAGAACCUACGCCAGUAGAAGAAAAACCAAAGCCUAAAGAAAAAGAAGAAGUACCAAAACCGGUAGAGGCUAAACCAAAGAAACCUAGAGUAAUUCCGAAAAAAGAACCCAAACCUGCAAAAUUGCCAAGGCUGAAAAGCAGGAUUGUUUACGUAGACUUCCCUCCUGCUGAAGAAUCUGAAAGAAAGCCGGUAAUCACACAACUGGAAAAAGUUGUUCGAGAUCAAGGCCAAAUCUCAAGAAAUGUUAAAGAAGCAGAAAAGAUUAUCAAAACUAAACGAAGGAAGCUCAAGGAGGACGACACAGCGCUUCAAGAUCUAGAAAAGCUGGAUCUUGAAAUGGAAGAACUUAAAAAGAAAGAACUUGAAAAGGUUGAUGAAGCAUUUAAACUUGAAAAGAAACCCAAGAAACCCAAAGAAGAGAAAGUUGAAGAAAAAGUACCUCUGAAAAUUGGCAAAGGAAAAGUACCUAAAAAACCUGAAGAGGAAGAGGAAGCUGUAAAACUGAAAAAGGCUCCAGAAAGAGUUAAAGAAGAAGAACUGCCCGAGGCAAAAACACCUAAAGUUAAAGAAAUAGAAGAAGUAAAGAAAAUUAAAGAAGAACCCGAGGAAAAGAAAGAUAAAAUUAAAUUCAAACCAACUGAUUUCGAGAAGGAAGAACCUGAAAAAAUAGAAUUUGAAAAACCAGAAUUCGAAAAACCGGAAAAAGAGGUUCCUGAGGAGGAAAAAUCUAAGUACGAACGUAAAAAGAAAGAAAAACCAACAUCAGAAGAUAAGGAAAUUAAGAUCAUUAAAGGUGUUCCUAAGAAGAAGGAACCGGAAGAAGAAGAUGAGGUUAAAUUUAGAAAACCACAAAAAGAUAAACCAGAAGAAGAGCCUGAACAAAUAACACUUAAACCUUUCAAAAAACCGGAAAAAGAAGAACCGGAAACUGUAGUUGAAUUAAAGAAAGAAGAACCUCAAAUACCUACAGACAAAGAAAUAGAAAAGGUGACGAUCACGAAAAAGAAAAAGAAAGUGCCAAAGAAACCAGAGGAAGAAGAACCUGUGGAAAUUACACUUAAAAAGGAACCAGAAAAAGAAGAGGAAACUGCUCCUGUUGAAGAAGUUGUUGUGGUUAAAAAGAAACCAAAGAAACCUGAACCCGUGGAAGAACCUGAGGCGGAAAUUGUUCUUAAAAAACCAGAAAAAGUUGAGGAAGAAACAGCCAUUGAACAAAUAGUCAUUAAAAAGAAACCUAAGAAACCAGAAGAACCGACUAAGGAACCAGUAGCAGAAAUAACCAUCAAGAAAGAACCAGAACCAGAAAAGGUUGAAGAUGAAGUAACAGUUGUUGAGGAAGUAAAGGUUGUAAAGAAGAAAAAGGAGGAACCCAAAAAACCAGUUGAAGAAGCUGCUGUUGAAAUCACAGUAAAGAAAGAACCUGUACCGGACGAAAAACCGGAAGAAAUUGUAGAAGAGGAAGUUGUUAUCAAAAAGAAACCCAAAGAACCCGAAAAGGUAAAAGAAGAACCGGAAGCUGAAAUUACAUUUAAGAAGGAACCAGAACCCGAAAAAGAAGAAGUUACUGUUGAAGAAGUGAAAGUUACAAAGAAGAAAAAGAAAGUUCCGGAGAAACCUCAAGAAGAAGCAGCUGCUGAAGUGACAAUCAAAAAACCGGAAGAAAAACCUGAAGAAAAAGUAGAAGAGGUGACAGUUGAAGAAGUUGUGAUUAAGAAGAAACCUAAGAAACCUGAAGAAGUACCUGAAGAACCGGAAGCUGAAAUAACAAUUCCAAAGAAACCGGAACCAGAAGAGGAACAAGUUACAGUAGAGGAAGUUACAGUUACAAAGAAAAAGAAGAAAAAGGUACCCGAGAAACCGCAAGAAGAAGCGGCUGCUGAAAUUACAAUAAAGAAAAUAGAACCUGUGCCUGAAGAAAAACCUGAAGAGGAAACGACAGAGGAAGUAGUCAUUAAAAAGAAACCCAAAGAACCGGAAAAGGUUCCAGAAGAACCGGAAGCCGAAAUAACCAUUCCUAAGAAACCAGAACCAGAGCAGGAGCAAGUAACAGUAGAAGAAGUUACAGUUACAAAGAAAAAGAAGAAGAAAGUACCUGAGAAGCCUCAAGAAGAAGCGGCUGCUGAAAUUACAAUAAAGAAAAUAGAACCUGUACCUGAAGAAAAACCUGAAGAGGAAACGACAGAGGAAGUAGUCAUUAAAAAGAAACCCAAAGAACCGGAAAAAGUUCCAAAAGAACCGGAAGCCGAAAUAACAAUUCCAAAGAAACCAGAACCAGAGCAGGAGCAAGUAACAGUAGAAGAAGUUACAGUUACAAAGAAAAAGAAGAAGAAAGUACCUGAGAAGCCUCAAGAAGAAGCAGCUGCGGAAAUAUCUAUCAAGAAAAUAGAACCUGUUCCUGAGGAAGAAACAGAGGAACCAACUGCAGAAAUCGUCAUUAAAAAGAAACCCAAAGCGCCCGAAGAGGUUCCAGAAGAACCUGAAGCUGAAAUAACAAUAAAAAAGAAACCAGAACCAGGAGAGGAGCAAGUAACGAUAGAAGAAGUUAAAGUAACAAAGAAAAAGAAGAAAGUACCAGAAAAACCUCAAGAAGAAGCAGCUGCUGAAAUAACUAUAAAGAAGAUAGAACCAGUUCCUGAAGAUGAAAAGGAGGAAACAGCAGAAGUAGUAAUUAAAAAGAAACCUAAAGAACCUGAAAAGAUUCCUGAAGAACCCGAAGCUGAAGUGACAAUUACAAAGAAACCGGAACCCGAAGUAGAAGAAGUAACAACUGUGGAAGAAGUCAAGAUUCCAAAAAAGAAAAAGAAAGUUCCUGUGAAACAAGAGGAAGAAGCUGCUGCUGAAAUCACAAUCAAAAAGAUUGAAAAACCAGAAGAAAAACCAGAGGAACCUGCAGUUGAAGAAGAAAUAAAAAUUAAGAAGAAACCUGUACCUAAGAAAGAGGAGGAUGAGGCUGAAGCUGAACUUACCGUCAAAAAACUAGAAGUACAAGAACCACCGGAAGACGUCGUACAAGAAUUUACUAUUAAGAAGAAAGCACCACCUCCACGAGUACCAUCAGUAGAAGAGCAUGAAGAACAAGAAAUCACAAUUAAAAAACUGAAGAAAGUGAGAAAACCAUCACGACCCGACAUUCCAGAAUAUACCGAAGUAGAAAACGUCACAUUUAGACCUCGAAUGACCAAAACUCUAGAAGACGUAGAACAAGAAUUCAAAAUUUCUUUGGACUCUUACGCCGAAGAAGAAAUCUCAAUGUCCGGAAAAAUCAAGUUAAAGAAAACUAAACCGAAAACAUACAACGAAGAAAGCGUGGACGAAUCUAUCAAAAUCACACAAGAAGUUGAAGAUGAAGGUCCGGUAAUUGAAGAAAUCAUCGACGAAGGAAGCGACGCUGAAGAACUUCCUUAUGACGAUGACGAAUCUGAAAGCUACAACGUUCCUCUUCGACGACCAUCACGCAAGUACUCGGUGUUUGAAGAAGUAGAAGAAGAAGUUUCGCUCGGUUUGAAAAAGGAACAACCCGUCGAAUUUGAAGAAGAAUCAAUAACAGUGAAAAAGAAAAGCAAACCUAAGAGGAAACCAUCAUUCGACCAAGAAGCGGUAAGUUUGAGUAUUACCAAAGAAUCAGAAACCAUCGAGGAAACUCCCGAAAUUGUUGAAGUGGUUGAAGGAGAUGUUUACUUCUCAGUUCACUCUUAUGUAGCAGAAGCAGACCAAGCGAUUGACCUUGUUGAGGGAGAAAGGGUUUACGUUUUAGAAACACCCAACAGUGAUUGGUGGUUCGUCAAAAAACAUCUAACUGAAGAAAAAGGCUGGGUUCCAGCCCAAAUCCUCAUGGACGAACCCAACUACACCAUAUACGUCCAGAAGAAACUGAACGAGAAGAUUGACAAGCUACCAGUUUUCGAAAAACCCAAACCUGAGGAAAAAUCAGUCGCACCUCGCUUUAUUGAAAAACUCCAACCAAUCAUAACCCCAGAUGGGUACACCGUACAGUUUGAGUGUCAAGUCGAAGGGUUCCCUCGACCCCAAAUCACGUGGUUCCGCCAAACCGCCGUCAUUAAACCCUCACAAGACUUCCAGAUGUAUUACGACGAAGACAACGUUGCAACCCUUAUUAUAAGUGAAGUUUUCCCCGAAGAUGCAGGAACCUUCACUUGCGUGGCCAAAAACGCAGCCGGCUUUGCCUCAAGUACCACCGAACUGAUCGUGGAACUACCCUUAUCCGACCAUGGGUCGGACAUCACCGGACUUUCCCGGAAAAGCAUGUCACGUGAGUCAUCCCUGGCCGAUAUCCUGGAAGGAAUCCCGCCAACGUUCUCCCGGAAACCUAAACCACAAUACGUACCGGAAAAAUCCGACGUUGUGGUUGAUUGUCGCCUUGUGGCAGUACCGGAACCCGAAAUAAUUUGGUACCGCAACGGCAAGAAAAUUACCACCAAAAACAACGUCACAAUCAUUAUAACCUCAGACAUGCACAGCUACACCACAAUUUUGAAAAUCAAAGAAGUGCAAAAGAAACAAGAGGGUACUUAUGAGAUUGUGGCCAAAAACCGGGAAGGGGAAGCCACAGUUCAGUUCACUUUGAAAGUGAAAACUGGUGAUAAGGAACCACCACAAGUUUUGGAACCUUUGAAAUCGAUCACAGUGAGGAAAACCGAGACCGUGGUGCUCAGUACUACCAUUGCCGGGAACCCAGCACCCACAAUAACGUGGUUCAAGAAUGGAAAACCCAUCAAAAAACCAACAAAGAAAGACGGUGAUACUUACACUUUGACUAUUGUCAAUACCACGAUGGAAGAUACGGCGGAAUAUACGGUCAAAGCGACCAAUUCUGUUGGUACCACCGAGACGACAGCUCAACUCACAGUUGAGGAAUUUCCAGACAAUGCGGAACCGCCUCUCUUCGUGGAGCGUUUCGAGGAGCAAACCGUGCAAGAAAACUCCACCAUCAGACUUUUUGCCCGAGUUAUCGGGAAUCCGGUACCCGAAGUCUACUGGUUGCGUGACAAUAAGCCUUUGAAGCCCUCCGACAGGGUUAAAAUUUCGUACGAUGGCGAAAACAUCGAACUCACAAUCAAAAAAGCAGAUUCAGAGACAGAUACUGGUGAUUACAAGUGUAUUGCCAGUAAUCCAGCCGGGAAAGCAUCACACGGCGCUAGAAUCACAGUCGAUGUUGAUGUGACGUUCACCAAGAAACUGAAAAAGUCUUACGAGACCAUCGAACGUGAAACCAUUGAAUUUGAGUGUGAAACUUCGCACAAAACCACCGCCACCAAGUGGUACCACAACGAUGUGGAGAUCAGUGGCAUGGAUCAUCGCGUGGUGAUCCAAGAUGGGCGAACACACAAGCUCAUCGUGAAGAAAACAACGAAGAAAGAUGAAGGUCGUUACAAGUGUACGGUUAAGAAGGAGAAAACUGAGACGGUACUAUCCGUCAAAGGCACCAAACCCAAGUUUGUGCGAGAGUUGCAAGAUUUGGAGAUUCCGGAGAAGGAAGUUGCAGUUUUGGAAGUUGAAAUUACCUCGGACACUGCUGAAGUUACUUGGAUGAAGGAUGGUACCAUCAUUGAGGAAACUGGUACCAAAUACACCAUUGAGAAGGACAAAGGUGUAAGGAAGCUCCUAAUUAGGAGCACCUCCAUCCACGAUGAGGGUGAAUACACUUGCACCCUUUUGGACGAAGAGUGCAAAGCAGAAGUGACAGUUAUUGAACUACCACCUGAAAUCAUCACUCCCCUCCAGGACAAGACUGUCAACAAAGGGGACAAAACUGUCUUCGAAAUUGAACUGAGCAAAGGAGACGCUUUGGUUCGUUGGUUCAAAGACGGAACCGAAAUCCAAUUCUCGGAACACAUCCAAUUAUCAAUUGAUGGCAAACGGCAAAAACUUAAGAUUUACAAAACGGAGCCUGAAGAUGAGGGUGUUUAUAGCUGCGAGGUUGGCACCCAAAAAUCCAAAGCCAAUCUCACGGUGCAAGUACCCACAGUCACCUUCUUGAAAACUCUCCCCGAAUAUACGGUGGUUCCUAUGAAAACUAACGCCGAGUUCUUGGUGGAAAUAUCGAGGGAGGAUGCUGAGGUGCAAUGGUGGAAGCAAGGCAAGAAGAUUAAGAAGUCUUCCAAGUACACGAUCACUGAGGAGAAGACGUUCAGGAAGCUGGUGGUCAAUGAGGUGACUCUCGAAGACGAGUUCGAGUAUAGUUGUACUGUUGAGAGUUUGAAAACUUCUUCCAUACUGAAAGUUGGAGACAAGCCGUCGCCCCCACGUGGUCCACUGGAAGUGACCGGCAUGAGCGCCACCUCCUUCACCCUCAACUGGCUUCCUUCCGAAAGCGACGGUGGUUCCCCCAUCCUAGAGUACAUCGUGGAAAUGAAGGACGCCACCUCCAAGAAAGACUUCAAAAAGCUGGGCGCCACCAAAGGUGAUAUUACUAACAUUCCGGUCAAUUAUUUGGAGAAGGAUCACGGCUACAAGUUCCGGAUCACUGCCAGGAACGCAAUUGGAAUCAGCGAUCCCUACCUCCCGGAGGAGACCAUAGUUGCCGGAUCCCGAAUCAGGAUCAGAUACGAGUUUGCCAAAACCGACGAGACGCUUUACUGCUUACUAGGCAUUUUCCCCCCUACUAAACUAGGCACCCGGACGCCCCCUUCGCCCCCCAUUAACCUCGCCGUGAGCGAUGUGCAAGGGCGCAGCGCCAAAUUGACGUGGGAACCCCCACUAAACAACGGAGGAGCGGAAAUCACAGGAUACGUGGUUGAGAAAAAACUGGAGUAUAUGCCGAAGUGGGAGAAAGUCUAUACUUUGGACGGCAACUGCCUCCAGUACACUUUUGAGAAUUUGAAGGAGAAGAGCGAGUACUUGUUUAGGGUGUUUGCGGAAAACCCGAUCGGUCUUAGUGUACCUGCCACCACUGAUGUGGUCAAACUCAGAACUUUUGCCACGGUACCAUCGCCCCCAACGGCCCCACUGGAGAUCCGUACCAUCGGCCCCAACGCCAUAGUGAUCGAGUGGGGAAUCCCCGAAUCCGACGGUGGAUCCCCGCUCCUGGGCUACAACAUCGCAAUCAGAGACACCAAGAAGACCAUGUGGAUGGAAAUCGGCCGUGUGGGGAAAGGGGUCCAGAAAUUCACCAUUCGGGACUUGCAAGAAGACCACGAAUACAUGAUCCGAAUUUUCGCAAAGAACGAGAUUGGGUUAAGUGACCCUCUAGAGUCCGACGAACCCUUCAAAGUGCUUCCCUCUGGAGGUAAACAAAAAAAUGCGUAUUCCCCGACUGAAAACUUCCCAAUUUCAGAAGCCGACCAAGACGACUUCCGAGAGGUCACCGACCGAGAACCCACGUCAUACAGUACCGAAACUACGACUUCCUGGCUGAGGGAAAACAGCAUGGAUGCCGACAUCAGUUCGUACUCCAAAGGCGAACUUUUGCGCAAAGAUGAAUACUUCUUCCGAAUUUGGUGCCACGCCAAGAAGUUGUUUAAAUAAAUAAUUGUAGAUUGUUAUGACUAGAUGUAAAUAAUUUUUUAAUGAUUUUGACUGUUGGGGAGCUUACGAUUAAAGUGUGUUUUUUGGCAAAUUGCGAAGCGAAGUAAUCGACUUUAAUGUAAGCUCCGAUUAAGGAUACUGUGAUACUGAUGAUGAUUUGACUUAAUUGAACGAAACACGAAUGAGUUGCUUAUAUGCUAACAUUGUUUUGAAACGUAUACGAAUUGUUUUUAGUUGUUUUUGUUUGUUUUUUGGUUUUCUUGGACGACGAAUGCAGUGCCUUAUUAUUACUCACUAAGAAUUAUCACUAUUACUGUUUAUACUCACUGGAAUUGAAUGUAAUCUUUGGUUUAUGAAGAAGAGAGAGAAAAU